GGUUCUGCCUUGACUUGGUGAGAUUAUAAUUUAACGUACUUUAUCCUGGUAGACAGAUUGACACCUCUUUACAGGUAUGGCCCAGAUAAAAGAAAUACAUUAAAUAAUGGCUUAUGUCAAGUAACAAAGUCAAUCAAUCAACCAAUCAGUCUAUAUUUUAUAUAGCACUUUCCAUACACAACCAUGAGGUACAAAGUGCUUUACACAGAAAAAGGGGAAAAAAAGAAACAAAGAAUACCCAAAUCUACCCCAACCCAAGAUUAAAAGAAUACCCAAAUCUAACUCAGCCCAAGAUUAAAAGAAUACCCAAAUCUACCCCAGUCCAACCCCUCAUUCCCACCCCACGAUCUAAAUGCAUCAGUAUUAAAAUGUAUAAACUUAAAAAGGGCUUGAUUUUGUGGAAACAGAAGUGUGCGCACUGAGGAAAUGUCAUUUUAAAACUCAAGAUAAGGAAACACUGGAGGUUUAGGUCAAAAUCUAAAAACAAAGUAGCAUAGAAUGAAAUUCAAGAAAUAUUGAAUAAAAUGAAAUAAAAACGACAGUAAAAGAUACUAAAAUAAGAGCACCAAAAUAGCUCAAUAAAAGACGAUCCUGUCAUUAAAACUAGAAGAGAUAAAUGCUAAAACAUUUAAACAAAGUUAAUGAUGUAAAAUUUAGUUAAAAGCAAGACUAAAAAGGUAUGUUUUCAGUUUGCUCUUAAAAUCAUUAAGAUGAGGUGCAGUCAUCAGGUCUUCAGGUAAGCUGUUUCAUAGACAGGGGCCAUAGUAAUAAAAAGAUGCCUCACCAUAUGUCUUGGUUUUAACUUUGGGUAAUGUUAACAGAGAACUUCCUGAAGACCUGAGGUCAAUGUAGGUCAUGACAGCUUACAAAUGCAUAUAAACACAGCGUGGAAAAAACCACCUGCUGUGGAAAUCAACCUAUGAGCUUUAUAAACUCUGACUGCAUGGGAGCAAACUAUUUUAUUCUUGUAGGCCUAAUAAAACAAAGUAGGCUGUCAAUAUUACCUAAGAUCUGUAGAUAUGUUCACAGUCAUGUAUAAGGAGGAGAAAAAAAUGGAUAAGGCCAGUAGUUUUAUUUAGAUAAUAAAAAAUAUUUUAGGAUAUUUUUUUCAGAAAUAUCAGUUGUAUUUUUAUACGUGGGAACAUAUUAAGUUGUCUAACACGUCUUCACUGCUUAUAACACCUGUCAUUAGUCAGACGGCGUCCUUAUGUAAGAAAAAAAGAAAUAAAAAAAGACUGACAGCAGUGGAGGAGGGUCCUGACCCGCUGCUGUGACACAUGUGAACCUCUGUACGCAGCAGUUGUAGAAGGCGGAGCCACAGAGCAGGUUAGCGCUGCACGGAAAAAAAAACUUCAGCCACACUUAACUAUGACGUGAAAAACGAUGUUUCUGACCAUUCCCCGGGGAUUAUAAACACCAAACAGACGUCUGCAGAGUUAUUAAAACCCAUGUAAGUGGAAUUCAGGUUUUGUUCUGUCAUGUAUUUUUUCUUUGAGGUCUUAUAAAAGUGUCAGGACCUGUUGAAGGGCUAGCAUACUAGCUACUGUGAGCUAACGUUAGCCAUUAGCCGCGAGUGUUUGGCAGUUGUUUCCUAGUGACGGGGCUAAAGACGGAAAGUCAGUCCGGAUGCAAAGUACGUGUAUAAACUCUCUUAUUAGUUAAAAGGAGCACCGAACUGUAUUAUUGCGUUUCUUUUAUUUUAUUUAGGGCCAGAUAAGUAAUACAUGUGUGUGUGUCAUCAUCCAGAUGUUUACUUUUUGACAACUCAAGACUCGCAGAUAGAGAGGCUAAUACAUGUUGUUGUUGUUGCAGAAAUAGCAAAAGCAGACAAGCAAAAUGUAUCAUAUAUCCAUAGUAUGAUUAUCACCACUGUAUUUAAGCAUUGUGGCUGUAUCAACCAGUUGCGUAUUGAUUUCAGCAUGAAACACAACAGACGGAUUUCACAGUCAGUCUCCUCAUAUCUUUUGUAAACAAGCUUAUCUAUAUCCCACAUCUCUAGCCGUCUUUUCAGCUGAUUUUGUAGGAGCUGCAAAAAAAUCAAAGUUUACUUUUUACAAGGUAAAUCCCAGUUAAAAAAAAGCAUAAACAAAUGUUUGCUGAGAAAAUAUUAGAACACACGUGAAAUCAGAUAAGUGGCAAGAGCCCCUGUAGUAAUGCCUGUAUCACCAGCAGGCCCUGGAUUUCAGUGAAGUUAUUUGUUUUUGUGACACAACAGUGGAUUUUUUUAGUAAUAAUCAGAUUUUAUUUUCUUUUCAGGAUUUACAUCGAACCAUACAUCAUUUUAAUUCAAAUAAGGUAGAAAUGACAAAAAAAGUAUAAAACAUAAGAGAAACAAAAGAAAGCAAAACAAAAAAAAGGGGAAACAAAGAAAAACCACAGCAGCAACAACACAACAGUGUGUCAUCAGUUAAAGAAAUAUGUGUCCUUGUAUUUAUACAAAAAACAUUUUUUAUUAUUAGCUCAGUCUGGGACCCCCUAAACUACCAUUUCCCCUCUGUAUAGUUUCACGUAGACCUUUAGGCAAGUAAUCCAUAAGGGGCUGCCAUGUGCCCAUAUAGAUAUCAUCAUUCCCCUUUAAACAGUGGACAUUUUUAUCUUGUGUGUACAUCAUGCCAUCAGGUAAUGGCUCCAGUCCUUAUGCUGUUUUUGGCUUUUUAAUGAUCAAUUUUUGUGUCUUUUGUUCAUAUUAUCAGGGUACAAAGUAUAGAAUCUUACAUAAGGUUGAUGCUUCAAAUCUGCUUAUUUUUCUCUAGAAAUCUAGACAUAUUUUGCAAUUCCCAGGUUCUCCUUUUAAGUUACCGUAGUAUGUGUCAACCCUUAUUAUGGAGCAGACUGGUAUGUUUCCGGGAACUGACUCCUCAGCGGUUUCAUACCCACAUGACAGGCCGUGAGAAGCUGACUGGUUAAAUUUAGAGAUCCUAUCAAGUGUUGCCUCCUUCUGAGUUCAAGUCAGUGUGUGUUCAGACACUUGCACAGCUGACAGGGAGUUUAUUUGAAUUUUCAUGAUGAUAUCAAAUUUGUGUUUUGCAUAAACACUAGACCAGCUCUGACAUGAAUGCAGAUCAGGGUGUGUAAUAAUGAGUCAGGUAAGAUAUAAUUUAGGAUUUUGGUUUCCCUUGCAUGUGUGUUUUGGUGCUUCACACAGUAAUAUGAUGAAUGCACCUGUUUUCCCACCCUAUCCAGUCUCCUACUGACUUGUUCCUCCUUUUUUAACUUGUCUUUUUUGUCUUGACAUUAUUAUUGUUUUAUAAAAGCACUGAAGACUCUUCAUGUGGCUUAAAUUGUCACUCAAUCCAUUAGUCAGUGAUUAAAAAUUGAUUCCAAUGGCAUCUGUUUAAUAAUUUAAUAUUUUGGGGCUGUCAUAUGCCUCAAAAUCUAGUAAACUUAAAAGCUUUAGUCUAGGUUUUAUUAUGUUUACACAGUGUCAAAGUAAUAAUAAAGAAAUUAGUAACAACAAUAUUCCUAAAUAUUAACAUUUAAUCUCUAAUCUAGACUACAUUUUUACUUAUAUGAUCUUCUAUGUGCUACACCACUUCAGCAUUAGUUUUUAUUUGUGUCUUUAUUGGCGUGAAAUUGAGUAAUUCAAACACACUAAGAAGAUUUACAACCUUAUAGUGACAGCCCCCACUGAUAUCGCUCAAAUGGUUUCUUUUAUUGCAUUAUUCAAAGAGCUAGAUUAGACAAAUUAGGCCAACAUCUUUAUUGUCUCUCCCCUUUUAUCUGUAGUUGGUGCCGAGCCAGUGCAUGUAAUGACUGAAAAUGUGGUCGCGUGUGUGUCCAUUGUGUUGGGAAGAGAUGGGCGUAGGCCAGCCCCCUCAUCUAAUAUUCAGCCUUGAGUAAAGGGGGGAUGCUGAGCGUGAUCCCAGCAGUGCUUGUUGAUACUGUGUGCGAGUGAGAGGGAGAUCAAGAUAAGUGUUAAAUAUCUGAACAAAAAGAAGCUUCACCUUACACCAAGGUAAGGGGUUCUCCUUUCUGCUGAUUGGUGUUUACUUUUCUCUACCUUUUCCUCUUUUAGCAUCUUUUUUAUCGUGUAUUUUGCUGGUUGUAUUGUUGGUUUUGUGUCAGCUGGUUUUUACAGCGGCUUUUUUUUUCUCUCAAGGAUGUGUUUGAGAUCCCAUCUGAUCAUUGUCCAAAGAGAGAGGGAGCUAAAUGUGUACUGAUUGGCUCUUGUGUUGUGUUAUCGUCCACCCAUUGUGCUGAGAGACAGGGAGCUGUGGAGGGUGUGUCAACAGGCUCUUACAGCCUGCCUCCGUUAACAAAGGAUUUAUCUCAUUAAUGUGUGACACUGGCUGAUCAGGAAGAACACUUGACAGGUGAUUCCUGACUAGACAACAAUGCCCCACUUGUAGAAAAAAUGAGAGAAUGAACAACAUUGAUAAAUCUCUCUGAAUUUGACUGUCUUGGGCCUCUUUCCAGGUCAGCGUCCAUGUGACAUUUAAGCUUUUAUUGACACGAACCUGAGCUGCUUUCUUUACAGAUUAUGUUGAAAUCAUGAACAAAGUGUUCACUAACCUCUACGCGAAACUCAUUGCCAAGGCAACUUACAAGCAGUGAAUGUAAGCAGAUUAAUGUUGAGCUACUGUGGCAGGAAGUGAGUCUGGCCGUGAUGGAAGAGCCCAACUUUGAUGAAUCAUUAAUGAGUUUUUCAUUGAUUGGCUGAGCCCUGCGUACAACAAAACACCCAUUUUUGUGGGGCUUUCUUUUGUCAUGCAGUGUUAAGGAUGAUAAGACAUUUAACUGUGUAUUAUUUUUUUAUUAUUUGUGAAUACUGCUUCGUUUAAAAAAAAAAAAAAGCUGUGUAACAGGAAUGGUCUGCUCUUAGUCAAGGUUUAAAAUAACUCUUUAUAAUGGUGGAGCCUCAUUAUAGAAAAUCUCGCCAAAGUGGGCUGUCUCCAUUGAUCUGUCUGAUGCAAUCUGUCUGAACUGCGUUCCACUGCUCAUUUCCCAUCAAUGCAAAACAAUUCUAGUGAAAUGGCCUGCUACUGUGCUCCUAUUUUAUUUUCAGACCCUUUAAUAAACAGUGCUUUUCAUGUUUAACGUACGCAAGCUUCACCGAGUCCAGUUUAAAGCAGUGUGGGUGGGUAGAAGUGAGGUAGGUCUUGCUAUAAUUGAAGCACACAGCGAAGCGCACCAAUUAUCCAAGUCGUCUCUCUUUUCAAAGGAGCAAAGUUGAACAACCAUUGUUUGUCUUCAGUGAUAUGUAAUGACUUGUUGAACUUUGUGAGCCCAGCAUUGUAACUCCCAUGCCUUCAUUAUACUGAGCAGACAAAUUUCACUUCAUGUUUUCUGCAUGACUACACAGAAUACAGUCAGCUGAACUGACCCGAGCAGCCCUGUUCGCUCUUGUUUUGUAAUGAGUGUCUAAUAGGCACGCGCCGCUCAUUGUCCUAUUUUGAUCAAACUUUUACAACUUGAAAAGGAAAAAUACUCUUUCCUGAGGGAUGAGGAUCUUAUUGUGGCAGUGAAGGCAGAUAAGUUAUUUCACUUUGGUGGGAAAUAAACACAAACACUUCUAUGCAAACAAAUCAAGCAUGUAUGCAAAUAUGCAAAUAAAUAAACACACCCUAUGCAGCUCUUAAAAGUCCUGCAAAUGCUUUUAACAUCUGUUUGCAGAAGAUGUGUAAUGAAAAUCAUGCAGCCUCUGUUUUAUUGUUUUCAAGGAUGGGUUUCUGUGCGUGAGUAAGGUUCGAGCAGCACUCUUUUAUUUACAGCAUCACUUCAAAGAAACACCACACCCUCUUCCCCAGCUUCAACUGAGUGCUUGCUUCCGUCUCAGUAAUGUUUCACAUUUAACUGCAAAGAGCAGGUAGCUGCGAUCGGUGUCUCUAACUUUUUGUAUUUUUGAUCUAAUCUCCUCUCUGCCUGUUCCACAGUGGUGUAAAGGGCGCUAGCAUUCAGCCAUGGAUACCACCACCUCUCUGAAGAUGACCUCUCUGGCUGUACAGAGUCUGUUCAGCUAUGUAGAGGAGGAGAACCUGGCUGCUAUCAAAGCUCAUUUGGACAAGUUCAGAGAUGUGGACAGCAGGAGUGAUGUAAGUCAGAGUCUUGAUUAAAUAUCUGUCAAGAAACUCACAUGGAAAAGUACAAGCUGAAACAUUUAUUUAAAGGUUUAAAGGGCUGGAUGAAAAGAAAGGACUACCUCCUGCUAAUCUGUUCUGCAGUUGAUGUGUUGUCAAGUCUUUUACUUGCACAUAAAUUGAACACAUUGAACCACCUUUAUCAAAGUUAAGGGGUCAGGGGUAAACUGGAAGUGUCAAUUGUGAAGUAAAAUCUUAAAAUAGAGUUGUUUGAUCGUUUUAAUUUCCCUCCAUGUUUCUGUGUGUUUGUUGAAAACACCCCGCUAUUAUACUCAGGGAUCUAUUCCCUCAUUUCCAUGUAAUGUCAUGUAAACUCUAGUUUAUUCUGAUGACACAUAAACAGUGCUGUUCAAAAUACUGUGUAGUGAAUUAAGAUGGAGAGUAUUUGCCAGAAAGUGUAUCUUUCACACCAGAACAAAAACAGUUUUCUGUAGAAAUAGAGGGAUUUUUCAAAAAAUUGAAUCAUUUAACUUUUUCAGAUGACAAUCCCCGUUCAAGGUAAGUUGGGUCACAGUUGUUGAAUUCAGAGUUUUAUGUGAAUAAAAACUGAUUUUAAUGGUUUGCAAAUCAUGAAAAGUCUAACUAAGAACAGAAUAGAGUAACUUAUGUUGAAAGUAAAAAUAGUUCUUGUUUUAUGAAAAAAUAAUGUUCAUUUUACAUAAGAGCCAGCUAUGCAUUUCAAAAGAGUGGGGACAGAAAUCUGCUCUGUAGUGGAAUCAUUGCAUGGGCUCAAUAUCACUUCAGAAUAUCACAGUCUGCAAACACAGUCUAAAAGAGGUGUAAACUAUUGGUAUUGUUAAUCAAGAUUUGUCAUUUAUGUUUUAAAUCAUGGUUGCUGCAUCUUCUUUAAAAGGAGAGACCACCUGGCUUGUUAGCAGCACACAGAUCAAAAGCCAGCAUCUGUCAUGUUGCAGGAAUGCGUAGGCAACCCAAGGCAAGGAUAGCUGACACAUUAUAUGAACUUUAUAUGCUGCCAUCCAGAAGAUACCUUAUCUUAGAAGACUGCUAAACAAGCCUGUCAGCUGUCCCAACUUGUCACCAAUUGUGGCAUAUCGCGCACUGAAAAGUACUACAGCAGAUACUUCAAAAACUGUUGAGCAGCAAAGAUUUUACUUGCUUUUCAAAACUCCAGGAACUAGUCUCCACAACAAAAUCUUUGUCCUAACACCAAAGCUCCGAAUCAGUGGAGAUCAAUUGUUAAAUUAAAGUGCAAUAUAAGGUGCAGAAACUUGAAAAAGUUUUAUCGAUGCCUCAAAUUUGAAACUUGAAGAACUGACAUCAAUUUGUACUUUGUAAUCUCUGUAUGUUCAGUCAUAUUUGUCUGUCUUUUAGGUUUAGUAGUCUAUACCUUUUUCAUUGUAAUCUGUGUAACCAUUUUUAUUAGUACGGGACUAUUAAUAAACUACAGCCUCAUGUGUUGCAUGAAAGGACAGAUUGUCAAGUUAUCCUUCGAUAAAUAAUUAGAGUUUGAUCAUCAUGUUAUCCCUGCCUGCCCUUUUUCUCUCUUUUAAUUCUCUGACUGGUUAAACAAUAAACAAUACAGUUAAUUGGCUUGAUGCUGUAUUCAAAUUUGUAUCAAAGUCUCAGUCACUAUUUCCCUUUUUCUCUGUUUCAGAACGGACAGACACCCCUAAUGGUGGCGUCAGAGCAGGGCAGCCUGGAGAUAGUACAAGAGCUCAUUAGGAGAGGAGCCAAUGUUAACUUGGAUGAUGUUGUAAGCUUGCACACGCACACACUCACACAUAAAACCUCUCAUAGAGCCCAACACAAAUACACUCGCACACACAGAUAGGCGUGGUGCUACAGAGCGCUGUGCAGGUGAAAAACAGUGCGGUUGUUUAAAUACAUCACCCACCUUACAUCGAAGGCGGAGCUGAAAUACUGGCCUUGAUGUUCAGCCUUGCUGAACUCACCUCACUCAGGCUUAGUCCACAGCUAUUAUGAGCAAUCAUGAAGUAUAAUGACAACCUAUUACACACUUUUACCUUUAUUCCUUCAACUAAAUGACAGGAUCCAGUCGUCGGCCAACACCCAUGGGUCUCUAGAAGCUGGCCCCUCCACACGCUUGCACUCAAGCGUUCAUUUACCCUUCCACUUAGGCGCACGCACGCAUGCCCGCACACUACACCUCUCAUUAACAUCUCACGUACGUGCAACCUGUAAUUACACUCAAACUUUUGCUCACUCUCGCACCAAAGCAUCAGAAGCAAAGAGAAGCAUUACACACUGCGGUCAACCUCGUCUGUCACAUUUCACCCUCUUGACACUCCUAUCUGCCCAUGCGACACCCUAUUCCCAUGAGCACCUGGUAUGACCAGCUGGUAGGUAAAGUGCUUUGACCAAACCAGGGGCGUCCCACGUCUAGCUCGGACUUACUUUUUUGACCUGUGUUUGGAGUAUUAUGGGAGUCCUGAAGAUAAUAAGUUGUCUGUAUGCACAGGACUGCUGGACGGCGUUGAUUUCGGCAGCCAAGGAGGGUCACAUCGAGGUGGUGAGGGAACUGCUGGAGAACAAUGCUAACCUGGAACAUAGAGACAUGGUGAGAGCAUUGAAAGUUAACCGUAAUACACAUGAACAAUCUGUGUGUAGUAUGCUGUGAUUAAAAACAGUUACUGCACAGUUAGUAUGAAAUUAUGUUCUCUUGAUGAUAAGUUAGUGUUAUUGAGGAAAGAUUGUGGCAUAAGACCGUCUGGGAGGAAUAGUAGAUGAGAUGUGUGCAAGGACAUCAGCUCAUACUGACUUUUAUUCCCAGGGUUUUUUUAGCAUGUCAUCAUCAUAAUGCUAUUUUAUGAUUUGACAAAAGACAUAAAAUUGCAAAGGAAAACAUCUAAAGAAACAGGUGUUGGAUAGGACAUAACCUCUGUUUAGUCAUAUGUCCUUAGUGCAGGAACGUUUUGUCAAUUUUUUAAUAGAGUGAUAAGAUGUGAUCGCUCAUCAACAGUCUAAAAUUCAGACACAGUGACAGACAUAAAAAAGGUAAUAUAUACACUGAAAGUUUUCAUAGAGGAUUGUGCCAUCCUCACAGGUUUCCCACUGAUACCAACCCUCUUCCUCAACAUCAUACUGCCUAUUAUACAGCUACUUACUUAAGAAAUUUGCAUUUUUGUACCAAGUGUUGAAGUGUGAUAAUUUUCUUGAUUUAAAAUGAUUCUGUCAAUGAAAAUCAUCGGUUACACUCACAGUUUAGGUUACAGCAACAGUUUGCUCUGUACUCUUCCUUAAGUAAGCUACGAAGCUGUAAUUACUUACAUCAAAAUGACCAUUUUCAGAGACGGCGAAGUAAAACAAGAUGAACAGGACACAGGAAUCAGCCUGGUUUCUGAUUGAGAUUGUUCUGUUCUGUUGUGACCUCCAUUUUUGUCUCUGCUCUCCGUCUUUGUCUGCACUGUUCCCGUCUCUGCUCUCUAAACCAAUGUCAAAUUAAGUGGAUGUCUUUCAGUGGGUUGAUAUGAUUACAGUCAGUCCUCUGGAGCCAGUGAUUAGUGGCUAUGCAGCGGCAUACUGUCAAGAAAUUAUAAACUGUUGCUAUGAAGUUCUGACCUAUCAGAAUCCAUUGUCUAGCAAAGCUGCACAGUGAAUAUACAUAAUACAUAACGUUAAUCUUCUUAAACCAUUCUGACUGUUAAUCUAAUCCUAAAAAGGUCGAUGCCAUGUUUCAAAAAUAUAACAAAGUUAAAAUGUCUCUAUCAUGCAUGCAUUCCUGGUCUUUAGAAAUGUAAUAUCUCUGUUGCUGGUUUAAGAGGAUGAUCAGCUCACCCUGAAAUGGAUAUAAAAUGAAAUCAGUUUUAUGUGUGAUGGCUUUUCUCUACUAGUAAUCCAUUUAUUCAGCUCUGGUUGUCUUUUGUAUGCGGCGGUUAUAUGAUUCAUUCUGGGUAUCCGGACUUGUGGGAGGCAGACUGUCUGCAGGCUUGUUGUCGCAGCUUUACUGCAUAUUCAUGACCAGACCAUUGACAACAUGCAGAUGAGUUUGAAAUUUUUAUUACCCCCACUGAAAGCGAUUAGUAUUUCAAGACUUUCGAGCAGGCAGAAAUGCUCAAAAUGUAAUCAAAUCAACAAUGACCAUUAGUAAAUGAUGUACAUGAUGCUUUUUCAUCCCUUCGCUUGCCCUCAAAGAUUAGACUUUUUUUUUUUUAUCCCCCCCGUUCUAUUUUUUGUGUAAUAUUUGACAUUUAGAGUUCAUUUCAAAUCCUCAAAGCCUCUGCUACUUUAUGGAAAAUACUCUGGACAUCAGCUGACUCAGUGGCGUGCCGGUGUGUCUAAGCUGCACAGGACAGAUCACAGCCAGUCAUCACAGUGGGAUUAUAAUAAACCACUCUGUGUGAUACUGUCCACUCACUAGAUGGUGUGUCACCCCAGCUGGAAAUAGCUCAUUUUCCUGCAACAGAGUCUGCUUGGAUUUCACCUAUUCUGUGAAGCUUAAAAUUAAUGCUUUGGUUGACCUUAAAGCUUAUUCUGAUGAAAUAAUGCACGCUAAUUGUAGACACAGAACAGAACGUGUACUAUGUCCUACAUAUAGACCUCUUUUUGUUUCCAUGAGCAAAUCUUUCCCUUUUUUCAUUAACCUCUGCUUUGUUUUUUCUUUGUGUUAAUCUUCAGGGUGGUUGGACUGCCCUCAUGUGGGCAGCAUAUAAAGGUCGUACAGAUGUGGCGAAGCUGUUACUGGAAAAAGAAGCAAAUCCCAACAUCACUGGUCAGGUAGCGAAAGUGGACAGAUUUUAUUUCUUCUUGGUUCCCCCGUAAUUAGACCAUUAUGAUACGAAUAUAUCACUGUUUAAAUGCUUGUGGUAAAGACAUUGCACAAUUCUUAAAAAUAAAAAUAUUUUGUGAAAAGCAGCUUAGAGAGCCAUUUUGCAAAUACAGGCAUUUUUUAAGACAUGAAGAAAAGCGUAUACACAGAAACUGUGAGCUAUAGCUUGUAUGCACUAUUUAAUAUUCAUGUUUUAAAUGCACAUCAUAUCAUUACUGCAGUAUUGCACAUUAUAUUUACCCAUGAAACAUUAUUGAGCAGACAUGAUGUUUUUUUUUUUUUUUUUAACAUUUCUGUGGAUCAACACAAACAUUUAUUAUCUCGCUCCUUACUUACGCUGGGCUGUGCCUCCAUGAUAAUCAUUUUCUGUGUCAGUCAUGUGACCAGGCUGAUAGCGUUAGUACGACCACAGGCCCUAAACUCAUCAUUAGUUACUGUCAGCAUGACUUCACCCCUCUCCUCUGCUCCAACAGUACAGCGUCUACCCCAUUAUCUGGGCGGCAGGUCGAGGCCACGCUGAGAUUGUCCAUCUCCUGCUGCAGCAUGGAGCCAAGGUCAACUGCUCAGACAAGGUAACUACAGACUGACAGAUGUUCAUCAUUUACUCACUUUUUAAUCUAACUGAAUAUGUAGUAAGUGGUGUAAGCUCAAGAAGUCCCUGGAUGUUUCACACGAUCAUAUCUCCUAAUUUUCCACACAGUAUGGUACCACUCCUUUAAUCUGGGCUGCCAGGAAGGGCCACUAUGACAGUGUGAUGCACCUUCUGGCUAAUGGAGCUGAUGUGGACCAAGAGGGAGCGGUGAGAAGAUUGUAGAUUUCCAUUGAAUGGUUGUAUAUGAAUUUAGCGGAGAUCCAGUACUGCUGUGCUUUAUUUGAAUUUGACUGGUCCAUUUUAUACAAUUAGUUUUCUCAUGGUCCUUUGUUAAUUAAAUGAUUUGUAUCCACUAUUAAGAUACAUUUUGUGAAUGUGUUUUAUAUUAGUAGAGUGGACAAAAGAAACAUCAAUCUGUUCAUCAUUUAAAAAUAGAAAAUGAAAUGUACUAAUGUUGGCUGUGAAAUUUGAUCAGCAUGAAAAAAUAAAGAUCAUAGUUACUUUUAUUAAGAAGGAUUUUGGAUAUCUGGGGAGAGUUUGAACAGUGUGCUAAUUUUUAUUACACAUAUUACAAUUUCUUCUAUUUGUCUUUAGACUUAAAUAAGUUGACAUGGCUCAAUACUUGCAGGUGUUAAUAUUUGACUUGGUAUUCCAAACAGGUAGUACCAGCACAUCUGCUUACUCUCUUUUUAGGGUUCAUCGUGCUAUGACAUGCAUGAUGUUCUCGCUCGGGCUGUUUUCACUAAAUGAAGAUUUAAUGCCACCAUACAGAAAAGCCAUUAGUAAACUGCAAUAUUAGAUAAUUGAUUGCGCCAGUGAUGUGGUGCAUCUGUGUUGCUUUGAGUCAUGUUGCAUCUGUGCUAGUACAAGCUGAAUGAUGAGAGAGUUUGAAAUAUGGCAUCAAUAAUCCGACGGAAAUAAAUGAUCAAAUGUUGCAGAGCAGAUUGAGACAGUCCACUGACUGGAAAAAUACAUGUUGUUUUGCUUAUUUAAUAAUAAAUGACUCGUCAGUGGGUCUGUCCCCACUAGCUGCGGAAAAGAGUAGAUCAGAUGUGAAAAACAUGUAGUACUUGAUAAACAUUUCCCUAACAUAACACUGGAAAAAAUACAGAAAAAAAUCUAUAGUCUUAAAGCACAACUAUGAGAAAGACUCAGUUUAGAUCAUUUGUUUCUAUGUCUUCUCAGAACUCAAUGACGGCCCUGAUUGUGGCAGUAAAAGGUGGCUAUAAUGAGGUUGUGAAGGAGCUACUGAAAAGAAACCCAAAUGUCAACAUGACGGACAAGGAUGGCAACACAGCUCUCGCCAUUGCUGCCAAAGAGGGACACACAGAGAUUGUGCAGGACCUGCUGGAUGCCGGCACCUACGUCAAUAUCCCAGACAGGGUGAGGACAUUUUAUAUUACAUCAGUACUACAAGUUUGAAUACAUAGUGGAGAGGCUGAUAUGGAACGAAAAUUAAAUUUACAUCUCUGUCUGUUUUUUUCCACCAUCUCUUUCAGAGCGGGGAAACAAUGUUGAUAGGAGCAGUGCGAGGAGGUCAUGUGGAGAUAGUCCGAGCGCUGUUGAACAAAUACGCUGAUAUUGACGUCAGGGGGCAGGUAGAAACGCUCUCCUCUGCUAUCUUUGCUCCCUAAUUUAUUUGCAAAGGCAGGCAGGAGGCCUUCUUGUGUUCCCUAUGUGAAAUAUCACACUGCUACUCAAUACUGUUACUGUCGCUCUGUUGUUUCUCGCUAAAGUAAACUUGAAUCCACAGGUUAGGGAAACACAAGCAUGCUCAAGUGUUAUUUCUAUAUCAACAAGCAUUCCUGGAAUACUUUUACAUAAUAAUAACCUUGAAACAUUUAUCAUUCAAACAGUCUGAAAGUCUUUUGUGAAUCUGCCAAUGUCUAUUUUUCCAGGAUUAACAAACAUUUGUCUUUUCCUCCUUACAUCAGGAUGGAAAGACUGCCCUCUACUGGGCAGUGGAGAAAGGGAACGCCACAAUGGUGAGAGACAUCCUGCAGUGUAACCCCGACACUGAGAGCUGCACUAAGGUAAGUCACACUCAGUAGUAAGAGUGAAAAUGCACUUUCUCUUACUUAUGCAAACCUUGUACUAUUUCUUUCUACUCCUUAUAUCGUACACAUGACUUUUGACAUUUAAAGGAUUAUAAUAUUUCAACCCAAUUGUAUCAAAAAGAAAAAUUUCAUCAAAAUUCUGUUGUUCCCCCUAAAACACGCAGUUAUAAAACGUAGUUGACUGCUUUUCAAAGGCUCUGUCCUUAGCCAGCUUACUGAAAUACUGCUUUGUGAAGGCAGUGGUGAUGUUUUACUUUGUUGGGUUGAUUAUUCUAAAUUAAAAGGCCCAGUGUGUAUCUUGUUUUCUCCUAAUUAAGCUGUAGCCCAACGUCUAACACGUUGUAUCUUUGUGUUUUAGGAAGGAGAGACUCCACUUAUCAAAGCCACCAAAAUGAGGAACAUUGAGAUAGUGGAACUGCUGCUGGAUAAGGGAGCCAAAGUGUCUGCAAUGGACAAGGUGCUUUUAAAAAACAGACAUGAAGAUAAUAUAACAAAUGAAAGCAAAUUUCCUUUUAGUGUUCUGUGAGGUUCUUUCAUAGUUAUUUUGAGAAUUAUAUCAGUAAAUGUGAUUUGCCAAUUCCGUGUAUUCUGCCGGCCAGAAAGGAGACACGCCCCUCCACAUCGCCAUCCGAGGGCGAAGCCGAAAGUUAGCUGAGCUACUGCUGAGGAACCCCAAAGAUGGCCGCUUGCUUUACCGUCCCAACAAAGCUGGAGAAACACCCUACAACAUUGACUGUACCCACCAGAAAAGCAUCCUUACACAGAUAUUUGGAGCCAGUAUGACAUGAUUUCUCUCAGACUUUUAAUUCGUGACACAAAAAAUUAUAGUCUUGGUUUGUCAGAAACUUUGUCAGUUUUUUUGCACUCUUCCUAAUUUUCUCUCUCUUUUUGUUCCUCUCUCAGAGCACCUCUCUCCAUCUGAGUCAGAUGGAGACAUGUUGGGUUAUGAUCUGUAUAGCAGUGCUCUUGCAGACAUCCUCAGUGAGCCUACCAUGCAGCCCCCCAUCUGCGUUGGACUGUAUGCUCAAUGGGGCAGCGGCAAGUCUUUCCUCCUUAAGAAACUUGAGGGUAAGGAAAUCUACAAUAUCAAAAAAUUUAAAAAAUGAAAAGUAAAGAAUUGCAAUGCAUACUUUUUCUUUUUUCUUUUUUUUUUGUCUCUGUCAGAUGAGAUGAAGACCUUUGCAGGCCAGCAGAUAGAGCCAUUGUUCCAGUUUUCCUGGCUGGUUGUAUUUCUCACCCUGCUUCUCUGUGGCUCAGUGGCUCUUGUUCUGGGCUUCACUGUUGACCCCAGGCUUGCGAUUGCUGUCUCCCUAAGCCUCCUCGCCCUGCUCUACAUCUUUUUUGGUAAGGAAAAAGAAAAACGUCAAGUUCCAUUUCAUUUAUGGAGAAUUUCUUACUCAUGAAUCAAUACAAAGUUGUAAGCAGUCAUACAGAAAUUUAAAAAAUGUACAGAUCAAAGACAAAAUAGAUUUAGAGUAAAUUUCUUACUUUUCUUUUUCAAUUAUACCUUUGUGAAAAAUAAGACAAAAAAGAGAUGACUUGAGUUUCUUGCUGACAUUUUUCACUCUCUUGGUUGACUCCAGUGUUAGUGUACUUUGGGAGUCGUCGUGAGAGAGAGAGUUGGAACUGGGCUUGGGUCAUCAGCACCCGUCUGGCUCGCCAGGUCGGUUACCUUGAGCUGCUGCUUAAGCUGAUGUUUGUCAACCCGCCUGAACUUCCCGAACAGACAACCCGUGCCCUGCCUGUCAGGUGAGCUAAACUGGCUUACACUCAAACCCAACUGAGUUAUGUCAGUCAUCAUCAUCUGAGACAAAAACAGAAACAGCAUUCACCGAAUCAUCAGUAGCAGCAUAAUCAUCAUCUUAAUUAAUCCUUGGUAUUGGCAUCAUCCAUGUCAUAGCUUUCAACAUCACCUAUACAGAGUUACUCACAGAGAGAUGGGUCUGAAACCAAAACCUCAUAUGAGUCUCAUCUGCAGUUUCCUGUCCAACUAAGCAACCAAAGUAUCAUUUGUCUUUCUGACGUGUCACACAGGUUCUUGUUCACGGAUUACAACCGCCUGUCCAGUGUUGGAGGGGAGACCUCAAUGGCUGAGAUGAUAGCCACGCUCUCAGACGCCUGUGAGAGGGAGUUUGGCUUUAUGGCCACCAGGCUGUUCAGGGUUUUUAAGAAUGAUGAAAUCCAAGGUAUGCUGGAGGUUAACAUCUUAUUUUUUUAUGUGAUGACGUUUACUGGGCUCUCAAAGAAAUAAUAAAACUUUUUUUUUUUUUGAUUAAAUGGAAUCUUACAUUUUUAGUUGCUGUAAGUGGCUGAAAAAAUAAAAUAAUACUCAUGCUCAUAUUUCAGGUAAGAAGUGGAAGAAAACAUGUUGCGUUCCCUCCUUUGUGCUGUUCGCCUUCACUCUGGGAUGCCUGAUCACUCUUAUGGCCCUGUUGGCCAUCUUUAAAGUGAGUUGUAGCCACAAGUCAGUGUGCCCUGCUUAACCUCCUCAAAUAUGUGUUUUAACCACUACAUCGACCUGACACCCCAGUGAUCAGUUUCGCUGUUCUUGACCCCAGGUUGACCCUGCAAACUUGACAGUAAAUGCAGUCCUGAUAGCCAUGGCCAGUGUGGUGGGACUCGCUUUACUGCUCAAUUGUAGGACGUGGUGGCAGGUGGCUGACUCCGUCCUCAACUCCCAAAGAAAACGUCUCCACAGUGCGGCCAAUAAUCUGCAUAAACUUAAGAGUGAAGGAUUUAUGAAGGUAAUAAAGUCACUCCUUGACAGUCAUAUCUCCUCUAAGGUAAAUCCUUUGACAGCUUGUUGUCAUGGAUUAAAGGGGUUUCUCGUUCGGAAUUAUGACUGAAUCCAUUUAGAUGUCUUUCUUUCAGUAACAUUGUAGUUUCAGCUAAGUCGAGUGAUUGUUUUUUUUCUCCUGUUUUACUCCAGGUUCUGAAGACUGAAGUGGAGCUGAUGUCAAAGAUGGCCAAAACCAUCGAUGGCUUCACUCAGAACCAGACACGCAUGGCCGUCAUCAUUGACGGUCUGGAUUCCUGUGAGCAGGACAAAGUGCUGCAGAUGCUCGACACAGUGAGUCUUUGCACAUGUUUCUGAGCGUGGGUGAAAACAUGAUGAAUACAGCUUGACUGAUAACAAGAUCAGAUGCAGGAAAGACUUUUUCCAACAUCCGUCACUCAAGCAAAUUUAUAACCGUGAGACUGACUGUUCUAGAGCAGCUGAUGUUUAGCCUUCACUUUCAGUGGGACUUUCACCUGCCCACACAGCUCCAUUAGUGCGCAGCCACCCUGGUGCUCCCAGCUGCUUCUGCUCCCCUCCAAGUUUAGUCUUCCUCCCAGCUGCUGUAAUCGAAUUUCCUUUCACCAAAUGUUAUUAUUUGGUGAAGUAAUCCCAGGGAAGAUGGCAACCUCCUGUGUGUUGAUUUAAUUUCCGUUUCUUGGGCACCACCCAGUCUCUCCAAUACCAUCUUCUGUCCGAAUAGAUUCAGAAUCAGCACCUUGGAAUCCACUCUUUAUAGGUUACACAAAUGACCAAAUUUUCCCCUCAGUUAAGUUACCAUUUUUGAUAAUAGAUUAGAUUAGAUGGAUCCUUUUGGGAAGGGUCCCUCAGGGAAAUUCGAAAAGCAAAUUAAAACUGCAGCCAUCAUGUGAUGGCAGCUGUUGUAGGUACUGAAGUUCAUCAUUCUGUGGAGUGAACCUGAGAGUGCUGGCCAAGGGGUUAACAAACCAUACAUGCAUGUUGCACAAAUCAGUGUCCUGUGACACUUGGACAGUGUCCCUCGGUUAGAGGAGUGGAAAUCCCCAACACCAUGUGCCGCAGACAGCCUGCUCUCACAGGGCUCAUUAAGUACUACAGUGUGUUGUCUUUAGCUGCUGUCUUGCUUAUGAAUAACAAUUCUCUGUAAAUCACCCAUUUUGACGUCACACUCUGCAGACAGAUCAGCUCUUAAAAAUAUUUAGUCAAAAUACCAUAGCAUAUUUUAUUGACCGAACUUUUGCUCAUGUCUAUUCCAGGUGAGGGUGCUCUUCUCCAAAGGCCCUUUCAUUUCCAUCUUUGCCAGUGACCCCCAUAUUAUCAUCAAAGCUAUCAACCAAAACCUCAAUAGUGUGCUGAGGGACUCGAACAUCAAUGGCCACGACUACAUGAGGAACAUUGUUCACCUGCCUGUGUUCCUCAACAGCAGAGGCCUCAGUUUGGCUAAAAAGCUCUGUACUGUAACCCCCUCCAACGGAGAGACACAGCCUGCUGAGGGUAAGGACAACAUCUUGUCUUAUAUACGCACAGUUUUGUACCAUCUUGAGAUCUCCUCUGAUUGAUAUGUGCGUGGUCUGAUGCAGUGGUCAACUAUAUUCUUUCUGUCUCCUCUUCUUUUUCUCCAGGGUGGCAUGAAGACAUGGACAGAAAGAUGUCUCAGACCAGCCUCGGUCAAGACCAGGCCAAGUUUGGCAGCAAGAACGCCCUCAACCGCAGGGUAACUGCUACUUAGUCGCCAAUGUUACUUUUGACAGUGAUUUGUGGAGGUUUGUUUCUACAUCUGUGGUUCCUGGCCCAACCUAAGGUCUCUGAUUUGGGAAAUUUAGCAAGAACAAUGGCAUGUAAGCAAAUCAGAUAGUUGGAGUUGCAACAUCAGUUGAUCUGAGGAGAAUGGAAGUAUUAAUAGACAGACAAUAAUAACAAUACAAAACCAUAAUAAGGGUUUGAGUAUUUCUAAAUUACAUACUGUGAGAGCAAUACAUUAAAUGCUGUAGAUUUUACUUGUCAAUGUAGAUCGACAGUUCACUCCACACCCUGACUAAAAACAAUCAAAUCAAAAACAACCUCAACAAAUUGCAGAGGAGCUUUCCAUACAUCAAUAAAACAGAGAUAGAUGUUUGUUUAUACAUUGUUUACUUAAUGAGGUCUAAUUAAUUAGUUUUCCCUGGAAGUAUUGGAAAUGACGGCUUGAUGUCUCAAAAUUAAUAAAACUGAAUUAAAAUGUUAGUUGACCACGGCUUGAACGGAAAGCAUUGGAUAAGAGUUUGAGACGCUGCUUUAGUAACCUCCCUGUUUUUGGCCUUCUCCCUAAACGGGGGGUGGGUCCAGUUCAGGCGUGGCGUUGGCAGGCAGUGUGGAGGCCAGAGGACAGAAGGAGACACACCGAGACGAAAAAGAGAGAGGUGCUGGGUGUGCGGCCAAGGUUCCUGGUGUAAUUGAUGUAAUGACUGUUUAUCCUUCCUGCUGCGUUGCCACAGCCUAAUGACAAGGCCUAGCAGCAGUGGGUCCCUGUGACAAAACACUGGCACCAGGUCUGCUGGCAGGAGGCUAAGUGACUCUGCUGCUGUCGCUGAUGCCUCCUUCUACCCCUUGCGAGACCCCCAACCCCUCCUUCUUUUCCCCUCCCAUGCUUGUUUGUUUGUUUGUUUGACAUUUGUUUGUACCUCGGGUUUAUCUAGUACCCUCAAUUAUUAGAGUUGGCCCCUUUAUUAUGGGGAGGCAUGCUCCUUUUAUUUGUCCUCUGCCACAAGCUCGUUCUUGGCAGGAGAGCCCUCUCUCUACAAGUGGAGAUUAAAAUGAGGGCAAGGGGGGGAAGUGAAUUAGUGGCUCUCCAUUUUCAUGUGGCUUCUCAAGUUGUGGAUGACAUAAGGAGUAUCUCUGCCAUCUUCUCCCUGUUUAUUGGAUUGAAAUGAAUUCCCUGCAUAUAAAAAAACCUUUAAACAAGAAGAAAAAAAACACAAUGGAGGUGUGGAUAUAAAAAUAAAACAUAACUUAAAUGAAGCAGUACUACUGUUGAGUGCAGUAAAAGCUGAGAAAUCCUUUAAGGCCAGGGACACUGUGCUGUCCGUGUGACAGACCUUUUCAGCUCUGACUGAGUGGUGGCCAUAUGUUUCAUCUCUCAGAGAAAGAGGUCAUGAGACCAGCGUUACGACUUCAAAGUCGACCAAAAGCCUUGCCUUGGCUCAUGACCGAGGCAGCUGUCUGAUAUCAUCACAGAUGUUCCCCGGUAGAUCUGUGUCAAUAGCUCGCCUGUGUGUCAUGAGUGCUCAGCCUUGGACAGUGGCUCUUUGAUUUUAUUUGCAGUUACGGGGGGGGUUUCUCCAUGAAAGUGAAAUAGGAAUGGAAAAUCAGCAGAAGCCGGUCACUUAAGGGACAAAAAGGAAAAAAAAGGUUUUGUGCACAUUCCAUUCACAGGGUUAAAUUCCAUCAUUUGCCAGCUGAUCUAGUUAUACGUUUCAAGGAAUAUGAGCCCUAUUCAACAAAUUACUAAUACCCCUCAGUCCUCUUUAGCUAAGGGUUUGACAACGACUAGUCUAGAGAACCCACAGAGACCAUAUAAUGCCUGUUUGCUUGUCUCAUGAUGUACAGCUUGGGGCACCAAUAUUGUAGAAAAAAACCUUCAAUCAAUACCUCUGUAUGGGUCAUGAGUUUCGCAUGCUUUCGUUCCACCUCUGGUUGAAAUUUGUCAUGAGAAAUAUAAAUUGUUUUUAGACUUCAGCGCACAACUGUGACACAAAGCAACCAAAUAUGUACAAUUUUCCAAUUUGUGUCUUAAGGAUACAUACCGACGUCGACACAUGCAAAGGACCAUCACCAGACAGAUGUCCUUUGACCUGACCAAGCUGUUGGUGAUGGAGGACUGGUUCAGUGACAUCAGCCCACAGACCAUGAGGAGGCUGCUCAAUAUUGUAUCAAUCACAGGUAAAGAAACCCUGAUCUCAUCAUACCAACAAGUUACAUUUCAAACAAUAAUACUCAAAAGUGCAUUUGUUAGUUUUAUUACUGCCCAAACCCCCCCAUAAUUGGAGGAUUGAAUAGUUAACUUUGAUCAGUCCUGUGUAGGUGUUAUUUAAAUGAAGGAAAAAGCAGCAUUGACAGCGUGGGCUCUAACUCUUGAGCAAGUUUGGACAGUCGUUUACAGUCAGUUUAUUAAUAACAGAAUAUAAAAGGGAAAUAGAGAAGCAGCAGUUUUAAAAAAUUGACUUCACAAUAGGCCUGCACGAUAUAUCGUUUGACUAUCGUCAUCGCGAUGUACGUGUGUGCGAUAGUCACAUCGCAGAGCCUGCGAUAUUGGAGGUGAAUGAACUCAUUUAAUUUCAAGGGUAACUGACUGAGAUACACUGCAUGUGACUCUGCAUGUGCUUUGCAGCGAUCCACCAAUCACAUUCGUCCUUAACUCAGUUGCCAAUCAGACUCACUUCUCAGUUGCCAAUCAGACUACCCUGCCAGCGGUCAAUCAAAAUCAGAGAGGAGGAAACCCACCCCUGCACAUGUUCUGCACAUGGAGGGAGACGUGUGUCCGCUGAGAAUUACUAUCGGAACUUUACUCAUGACUGUUUAGCCCAACAAAUAAGAACUGUAUGGGUUUUAAAUUGUACAUUUCAGUGGACCACUCUACUAUAAGCAGUGCGCGUUUUGCGAGAUGCAUGCAAUUCUCGGAGGACAUGCGUUUCUCGGCACAACACCGCUAACAAUAACAACAACGAUCGCAAAAUGAGCAACGAACAAGCGAAAACCACCGAAAAUGAAGAUUUGUUGCCCAAAAGAAAAGGAAAGUCAGUUAUCUGGAAUUAUUUCGGUUAAAAGAAGGACCAAAACACGUGUUCUGUGUUAAUCUGUUGCCACAAUAAUGUCCCAGCACAAUAAAAGCUAAAAAUAUCUCUGAGACAGAAGCCAUUCUAACAUUCACAAAAAGAGGUAAGAUCAGUGCAGGGUAACUGUCCUCAAGAUUUCAGCAGUGCAGCAUAACAUUAAAUGCUAUUCAGGUCAUCUGGUGAAAAUUCCUGUAUUUUUAAUAUCGCAAUAUAUAUCGCAGGGUUGAAAAAAUCGCAAUAUUAUUUUUUUCCAAUAUCGUGCAGCCUUACUUCACAAGACAGAUUGGGUUGAACUUUGACCAGCCUUUGUGUAAAAGUUUAAACAUUGAGCCAGUGACAGAAGUCAAGUAUUGUGCAUUGAAUUCUUGCAGGAAACUAAAGCUAUGCAACUGAAUUGUGCAUAAAUGCUUCUCAAUGUAGAGUUUACUUUUGUGAGCAAGUUGUGGACCGUUGACUUUUAAGUCAUCAACCCUCUGCAUCAUUUCUGACAGGCCGUCUGUUACGAGCCAAUCAGAUCAUCUUUAACUGGGACCGGCUGGCAUCUUGGAUCAACUUGACAGAGGAGUGGCCGUACAGGACAUCAUGGAUCAUCUUGUUUUUGGAAGAGACGGAGGGAGUGUCUGAACAGGUCGCCCUCAAGACCAUCUACGAGAGGUACAAACACAUAGACAGUCUGCAAAGGCUUCUUUAAAAUCCAUGUAUUGCUUCUGUUUUUCCGUCUUUCUGUUUUGUUUUGUUUUUGUUAAAUCACAAUGUAAAAAAAAUCUAAAUAACACAAUUGGAUUUAAGAGAAAUAGUCAAUAUGGAGUUAUAUUUCUUUAUGAUUUCUCUAACUGAAAUCCUGAUACGUCUAACUUUGACCAGCAGGUGGCAGUAGAGGAUUUUGUUUUCUGUGUGGACAAUGUUAAGUCCACAAAUCCUGCGAAUGGCUCAGAGUGCUGCACUAAUUGGCCACUGAUGGACAGAAUCUUUAAUUCAGCUUAAUGCAUGAGGAAAAUAACGACUUCUACAGACUCGGGAAAUGGCAUAUUUCCUUAAAAACUGAACAACAGAUCUUUGAUGCUCAGACAUCUUUUGUUAUAGAAGUGAUGCUUAACUCUUGUUUCUGCCUGUGUGUGUAUUAAGCAUAUGACUGAUCAUGCCUUUGUGUGUAUGUGUGUGCGUGUGGUCACUGAUGCUUUGAGGCGUGCUCACAGCAAAGAUGAGGGGGAGGCCUGGGCAGGGCUGAGUCGCAGGGUUUGGGUGCUGUUGUGCAUCAGUCGCUGGCCUUUAAAGGUUGCACUCUGUCACACUACACUAGUGCCUACGACUCCUGCGGCAGCAAAGUGUCACAGACAGUUACUGUCAGCCAGUCAGCCAGCGAGAUUCGGCAGACAACCCUCCCUCCUGUCUCUGAGGCAAACCACUGCCUCAUUAAAAACAUUUUUGCUAUUGGUUUGCGAGAGGACAUUAGGCAUUAGGCAUUUUUGAAACAGCAGAAAGUGUUUGGUGAGAUGUGUUCAGCAUAAGAGGAGCACACAGGGCUGAACAGUCAGAAGGCUGUGACUCAUGUCAUUCAAGAGUUAAAGUGAACACACUAGAGGAUGGAUCCAUAGUUUUAUUGUAAAUAUUAUUCAAGUUAAACCAGGGAAGAUAUAUAAACUUACAUUCAGUUGUGUUUCUACAUCCAACCAGAGGCCCAGUUUCAGGAGCUUCUACCACUGCAUGCAAUUUUGCUUACACUGUUCAUUAGACUUAAUAAAGCCCUCAUCCUGCCUCUGACCAGCGGUCCUGUCUGUCUUUAUCUUCCUCCUCACUGGUCGUCUUUCCAAAUGGCUGCUCUGUUCCACAGUGGCCGUCGGAGAAGCGGCCUUAAUGAUGAUGACAGGAAGCCUCAAACAGGCUAAACACAACGCCUUGCCUUCAGGCCUUAUCUCUCACACUAAUCUUCUGCUGAUAAGACUCGGGGCCUCUGUCUGUGUAUCUUUUUCUGUCUCAGCUCUUUUCUUCCUCUUUCUCACCAUCUGAGGGCUCUUAAAGUGGCGUUUUUUUUGUCCUGGAUGGGCUGUUCUGUCUUUUCAUUCAGUGAGGGACGGGCACUUGACGAACCUCUAAGAACCUUAGGCCUCUUCUCAGACCGUCUGUCUGCAGGAGAAACAGAUCGCUACCUCUGUUUGCUUUCCUCCUCUGCAGUGUAUAUGAAUCCGCACAUGAACUAACACGUGCACACACUCGCAUACUCUCGCACAUUACAUCUUGUGAUUUGACCAUUUCACCACUUCCUGUAUCUAUUUAUUUAGUAUGUUGUUGGUCUAAUCACUUAACCAAAAUGGCUCUGACCUUGUUGUCUGUAUUUUGUUUUAGAGUGUAUAGACAAGAUAUUGUGCUCUUCCAUUUUUUGCACAGUGAAACUGCACAUCCCCUGAGCGUUACUAAGUGAAUAUAUUAGUGGUGAAGUGAACGUGGGGGUGAGUCAGCCCCUUAUAGGUCAACUGUCGCCCUGCAUCUCAGUCACAAGGCUGUUUGCUUCCUUCCCCUCCUCUAUGAAGGGCUUGUAAGCCAUAGUAUACAUAGUCUUAAGAAUACAAAGUGUAGAUAAACCAUACAACUAUGGUUUGACUAGAAUUUUUUUCAGUUUCACUCUCCAUCUGUCUGUCGACAAAAAUAAAAUUCAAGUUUCAUCCUUGCCAGAGGUCCUUUUUAAAAAUCUGGCUCAGCAUCAUCAUUUUAACUUUCUGCCCCAACAAGCCUUCAAAUUGAGAGAAAAUGAGCCCAUACUCCUGUAAACCACGGUGAAAUGUUGCACAAGUAACAUGAGUGCCUCUUAGUGGUGAAGGUGACAGCUACUCUCUAUGGCAUGUACCUGAACUCCUAGGAAAGAGAGAAAAAAUAGAACCACACGCCCACCUUCCCUCAUAUCUCACACAAACACACACGCUUUCAAAAACGGCUGAGAGCUGUUUUUAGGAACUUGUCUGGCAACAACAAUCGUCCAUGAGGGGCUGUGAAGUGUCAUUGUAGGACACGGCGCGAGGAGAAAAUAAGUAGAGCUAAUUCCUGCAGCUGGAGUGGGCCAGUACAACUUUCCCUAAUCUGAUGGAGAAUGUGUAAUCGCUUAAUAACCUUAGCGAUUUUUCUAUGAUUAACGGUAAGACUGGGGGGCUGCCCAGGCUGAAGCAAGGUGGAAGCGGGUAACAAAGAUCUGUUUGAGAGUUUGACUCAAGAUAUCAAGCUUUCACAAACACUUGUAUGUUUAAAUGAGUCUUUGACUAGUUCUCAAGAGGAAACUACGCAUUUCACCUCAAGCAGAGAACCAGAGUCAUGGCCUCCUGAAGUGGAGCACAAAACAAAACAAGAAGUGUUUUCAGACCUACCCAUAUAUUUGUGGCUGUCAAUUCACCAAGCCCCAAUCGGUGUUUUCAAUGCUGUUUGAUCACUGGCAAAUUGAAUUUGGAGCCUGCAGCCUUGUGACUGUCAUUCUCAGGUUCAUCAUUUCUUUCUCCUCACUAUCAGGAGUCAGUUGUUCCUUGUUUUAGCAGCUAUUAGUCUUAAUGGCUCCUGCUAACCGAGCUCACUCCUGCUUCAUGGUUAUUGCUUUAAAGCAGCUCCGCCAUUUUCGAAGACUGUUAAUGAGUUUUAGUAUUUUUUAUUUUCUUGAUGUUGUUGAGAGCCAUUACAUUACAUUGAGCCAUUUAGCGCAAGACUUUUAGUGGAGUAGAGCGAGUGCAGUUUCUGGAGGUUCUUCAAGGACACUGUUGUCGGACACACAGCUGUUGUUUUGACUUCUGUGUUAUUGGUAAUCCACUCACCUUUAUUAUUUCUGUUCUCUUUGUGGACCCCUGUAAACUUCUUUUGUUAAGUGGUUGGUAGUCUCCUUGGUGAUCUGUGUGAUUGUGUGCCCAUUUGUCUGUGUGCAUAUGUCAAGUGAAUUGACUGGCAAACCCGGUUUCAUAUUACAUUUCUGUCAUCCUCUUUUUACAUGAUAACUUUGAUGCACAUCAAAGUUAUAUAUUUUGUGAAGAAAUGGAAAAAAAUCAGGCAUUUCACUUAGCCAUCUCAGUGUAUUCAUCAGUUCAUCAAAAAUACAUUCAAUACAUUUACCACUGAAGUUAUUUUUUUAAACUUAAGUUUGAAAGUCCACAAAGUUUAUAGUUUUAUGAUUCAUAUGUCAUACAUUGAACUAGGAAUCUUUAGGUUUGGGGCUGUUGACCAGGUGGAAGCACAGUUUUAAAAAGGUCUGCUUGAUUCUUUGAAAAUGGAAGUGAACAUUAGGUGAUUAUCACAGCACAGAAUAUCUAUGUUGUAGAAACAGAUGACUGAGAUUUUUGACUGCAGAGUGCUAUUAUUGAUCCUCAAUAUAUAAAGGGCUGCAAACUUCCAUGGAAAAAUAAGUCAAUCCAAACCUGUGCACACACUCUUAUUGCUUCUGUAUCUCUAAACGCACCAACAAGGACUUUUGAAGGACUGUCAUUUAGUUUCCGCAAUAUUUAAUUUUUUCAUUUUUGGCUGAUUGAUUUGUUUGUAAAAUGACACAGUUAUGUAUUUUUGGUUGUUGGGGUUAAUAUAUUUGAUCCUAAUGGUGUGCAUAGGCGGACCCCUAUGAGGGUUUAUUCCUGGACGCCCAGAUCCUGUUUUCAGGUUGAGUAAAAAAAGUGUCACCGGUCCACUGAGCAGGUUCCUGCCCUGUUCUGACAUCUGGUGCCCUGUCUGUGCCAGGAUGCCCCCGCCGCACUCAGGAGUGUGUUUUUGGCCCCGCACCUGAAGCCUCUGUUCAUUACACCCACACUCAGAUACACACAAAAUAUUGCACGCCGUAACCUUUAAAACACUCUUAACACAAGCAUGGAAAAACUGUGGUUAAAUACAUGUGCGAUAUUAUUGAAACAACAGCAUGAACAAACACUUUAUCACCUUAACAAGCAAUUGUGGUCGAACCUGCAUGCGCACAUUUCAAACUACAUGUAACAGGGGCAGGUUCAACACACACAUACACACCUUCACACACAUACCCAGCUCUCACACCAGGGCAAGAGCAUAUGUCACCCACUACUCCUCUGAGAAUCAGUGUAAUUAAUCAGGCCCUGGGAUGCAGGCUGCGUUCAAUAAACACACGUUUUCACACACACAUGCACACAAAACUAAAUUCUCUUGUGUGUGUGUUUGUGUGCCCUCCUUGUUGUCAGGUAAAACUGCAUUCUUAUCAUUGAUAUGAUUUUGAAGUAUCGAUAUACAAAUAACUCUUCAAAUCUUGACACGCUGGUUUUACAUCAGUAUGUAAGUCAACGUUCCCCUUCUCAUCCCCUCUGUUUUAUCUGCCUGGCCCUGCAUUCAUCCAUCAGACAAUCCCCCUUUUUGGAGACGUGACUGGAAUCAGGCACUUCUCGGACACUCCAAAACUUUUUUUUCCCCCUUCAGUAAUCGCACUCUGAAUGAAUAUGUAGCCAGGCAAUUCAGUCUUAAUUAAAGAGACUCUUAUCCCAAGUACUGAAACAUUAAGAUGACGCUCUCUUCAUUCAGGAUUACUUUAAUUGGCACAAUUAUUGUAAUUUGGUUGCAAUUAUGUGCAGGGAUAAAAGUGCUGUUCCAAAGCUCAUGCGGGUGAUUCUCUUUAUGUGGAAUCCUUUAAUAAGCUCCUAAAUAUCUGGCUGCAAAAUGGCCUAUUAUAUAUCCUAGAUCCUAUUCUUUCCUUGUGAUGUAUACUUUUGAACCUUUCCUGCCCCCAAAUGAAAAGACUUUUUUCUUUAUUCUUUUGUUCGGUCCAAUUCCCGCCGCGUGCCGUGACACCCUCUAUAAUCUUGAUACACUACAAAAGCUCAAAAAUAGUUUUUCCCUGUUCUCUCUUCUAUGGAAGCCCAUUGUCACUGUGUUAAUCCCUCCAGGAGGCGUUUCAGUGAAAGAUGGAGUGAAACUGGUAAGGCCAUUGUUUUUCGUCAGGAGGCCUGAGGAUGUGUGUGUGUGUGUGAAUUUGUUAAGGCUGGUGUGAAUUCACCGAUGUCUCUAUAGAGCUCUGUCUCCAUCUUUGAUAGGACACCAGCAGUGAUUAUACACACCAGUGUGCUGAGAGACCACCUGACUCAGGAGCAGAUAAAGGAAGACGGGGACAAAAAAAGAAAGUAUGGUGGGUGUUAGAUAAAGAUGGAAAAAAGGAAUAGAAGGUUGGCGUUAGAUAAGGAAAGGGAAUAAAAAAAGAGUGAGAAGAAAAAGGAGUCCAGUCUCAGGAGGUAAAACGAGGCGAAGGAACCAAAGGCUGUGAAUACUGCAGAGGAUAAGACCAGACACUGGCAGGAUCACUGCGACACAAGUUUGCUCUUGGUGCAGAUUGAAAGCCUCAGGUGAUGCUCCUGCUCUAAGUGAGAUAGCCCAUGCAGUAGACACACACUGAUUCACACACCAUUUUGCACUGUUGUUGUUGUUGUUGCUGGAAGAAUUUCAGCUCUCCUCUUGACCGAAAAGGCAGAACACAGAAACAGACUUAUCAGCUGAAGAAGUUUCAAUUGAUACUAAUGAUGCAAGGGUUUCAGACGGGCCUCGCUGAUUGGCUGAGAGAAUGAGGGAGUCAGGGGUGCGCAACUUGUGACUGACUUGAUCCUGGAAGCUGGGCAACAGACAACACACAAGGAAACAAUGAGUCAAACACAAGAAUGAGCCGGUUGGCCUUUAACAUUUGGAAGACUGAAUGAUGUAGCGUUCAGCGGCUGAAUGAGUGGGAUGAUGGGAAAUAGGUGAGGUGGUGAUUGGUUAGGCUGGUAGAUGUUGAAGUAAUAUGAUCUAACAUUGUUUUUGAGAAAAGCCAUCAAGGUCUUUUUAUUUCUACCUACAUUUUAGCAGCCAUGAAAGCCUUUAGCACACUUCGUACUGACCUCUGCUAUUUCGUCAUAGAGUCGUCCAUCAAUGGGUCAGAUUGAUAUUUUACAUGACACUGAGAUGGAAGUAAAGGAAGCAGAGGGCUAAGGAGCGCACAUCAUCCUGAUCCUGUUGUAUUUCCAUGGUGUUGCGCAUUAGCGUUCUCUCCCUCUCCUGCUCUGCUGUGUCUCUGUGCUGGAAACUGCUGGAAGGUGGGGGGCUGAUUAUAAAUAGCAGCGCAGGGUUGCAAGAGGGUCAGCGCUGACCUUUAAGUGGACGAGAUUUUCCUUCCAGGCACUGCAGGAACCACCAGCCUACUUGAUUACUGCCCACCACAUACAUAUGUAGGUAUACGUACACAAUCAGUCAGGAGUCAGUCAGGUCCCUAUAAGGGGGUGUAAAAACCUCGCUGAAAUUACGAAGAACGGCUACGGGAGUAAGAAAGCCCAAAGAAGGCGAAUUGGAGAUCAAGCCCAUCCAGCCUAUAUUGAGAGGGAUCAAGAGUGUCCCAUUCUCCCCCAUCCUUGCUGUUUUAGCAGCUUUUCAUUUGGCACGUGGCUCCAGCCAUUGUCUAGCUCAAGGAUUUGGUUAUCAGAUUCGUCUGCUGGGAUUGCUUGAGAAAUGUGCUCCAGGUUCUAAGUUUGGGUUUGCCUCACUGCUGCUGCUGCUGACUCAGACUCAAACUGGAGCAGAGGCUCAUCUGUGAACUCACUCUUACCAGGCAAACAUGCUCCUUUUGUCGAGCUCUGUCUUUCCUCGCUCGCUGAUAUUCUUCUAUCCCUCUCUCAUCUUAUUUUCGAUGCACACAUCCCACUCUGCAAAGUUAAUCUGAGGAUUACUGAUUCAGCUGCAGAAUCCCAGGCCUUAUUUGUCACAUUCAUCACUCGCUGUAUGGAUUUUAGCUCCUUAACAGACUUUUUCCAGAUGUAUUAUCUGCCGUAAAAGAGCACAUUUGUGUUCACUUAAGCAACCCACCCCACUUAACUCUGCAUCAUAUGGCCAAUCAACUACCCAUUACAGCUAGCUAACGACCACAUACGCUGAUAUUUACUGGUGCAAUUAGUGUCACAAUGGACGAACCCUGCCAUGGCCUAAGGAUGCUCCAAACUCUCCUCUGGAAGAUAAAUCACCAAAUUGAGGUUAAGUGUUUUUCACUUUUUGUCAAGAAUGGAGCCUAUGUUGCUCUGAGCAGAGAGUUCAGCUAAGGUUUUUGGGGUCUGGAACAAGGAGGCUCCAUUUCAGCGCUACAUAUGAGUUUAAUCAACAUUUCGGGGAACCACUGAAAGUCCUGAGCGUGUCUCAAAAAGAGGCUGCUUACUCCGAAGCAACUCAGUUUUUAUCAGCCCAGUGUGUUUCCCAUUACUCUGUCUCUCUCUGUGGUUUGCUUCGGGAUGCACAGGUCCAGCUCACUACAAGAGAGUUUCAAUUAUUGGACUAAACUUCGCCACGAAUGUGUAUAGAAAACAGAAGUUGCCACAAGUCUGUCAGUUGGCAAUGCCAAGACAAGGAGACAAAUAGAGAGAGAUAUUUACAGACAGAGGGUGUCCACAAUGCGCAAAGCAUUUGACUCAAAUCAAGAAAAUGCAUCUGGGUUCUAAGGAGACAAAGAACAUGGCGUCAUGUAAAGUGAAAACAUAUUUUUGCUCUCCCCCUCUGCCUUUGGGGUUGUGAGGCUUUGGCAGCUCUCGCUGAAACAAUAACCUCUCUCAGCAUUGAUGCUGCGAGUCCACGCGCCAGCUUGCUGGUCCGCCCGCCUGUCCACUGUUUUCCCAGAGAGGGCCUCGCUGGGUUCAUCCACACGCUUGGCAGACAGUGUGCCAACGACUGACAAUCCUCUGACCGGGAGAGGAAUGUGCCGGACUCGGGCCUGGAUAACUUCUUCACCCACACAUAGUUUUUUACUGCUCCCAGCAUAUGACACUGAAACUCUUGAGCGUCUUAAACACAAUGUGUCUGUUCUGCAGGCAUCCCUCUCUGUCUUUGGGCCCCUUUAUGGAAAUGUUUGGCAGUAAGACCACCUCUUUGUGGUGUGUGUGUGCGCAUGUCAUUUGUAAGCACAGAGGGCAGCUGUAAAAUAAAGUCAAGUGGCACAUUCAUACUCUCAGUGCCCAGAUAGCGGACGGAUGGGAUAGAGGGAUGAAUUCUGCUCGCUCCUGUCAGCUGCAGUGAGUGGGAGGUUGAGAGGAGAAGAAAGGCUAUGCUCCAGUCAGCUUUGGGACCUAUUAGCAUUUGGAUAAGCUCAGAAAGCUCCCAGUGGCCUUGCCACACAGAAAGUGGUCUGGCCUAAGCGCCUGUACUGCUGCGGCUAUAAGCCGGGUCCUGUCAAUGGACCCAUUGUGCAGGAACGGCCGCCGGGAUGCCUGACGGCCUUUAUCUCCCUGGUCCUCGGCCUGCUUGAAAGUCGCACGCCGGCUUCCUUGGCACUCCAACCAGAGCGUCCAUCUUGUCAUUUGGCAACUGAUUGCUGAUAAGAAUGGCUUUGUUCAUUUUGUCUGUUUCGUCUGUUCACUGUGAGGAUGACUAACUCUGGAGUGAUUUGUGUCAGGUCCCUAAUGCCAAGGCCAACAACUCAUCAUUAGUGAAGUGCAAAGCAUGUCAUUUGAAGUGGUCAAACCUCAUUGACAAACUGCUGUUGUCAUUUAAUAGAUACUCCUCGUUCCAUAAUACCACCCAGUCCAACAUGUCAGCCAGGAUUACUUUUAUGGCUUAAUGUUAGUUAUCAGUUUAUCAGAAUUACAGCAAUUCUUUUGUGUCUUUCCUUUUAGCUUUUCUGAACUUCUCUCUUUGAAGAACUAAUUGUUCCCUCUGAUCUCUACCAAACAUCUUUUGAGGCCCAUGUCGCAGUGUGGUGAACUUUCUGUCCAGCCAGCCGCUCCUGCAGUCAGCUGGGAACGUCAAGAACAGGCCUCUGACUCCCUCACUCACUCCUUUUUCUCUUUCCAACUGUUUGGGUGGAACUCAGUGAUGAAUGUCCUUGAUCUGUUCUUCUCACCAGCUCCUCGUUGUCUUUGGAAGAUAGAGCUGUUUGUGCUGCUGCAACUGAUACCUCACACUGUAGGUCUGCAGGCCAGAGUAAACUCCCAGGUCAGAGAUAUGGACGCUAUUGUAGCUGGCUUCUUGAGUGCCAAUGUUGUUGGGCGACGGACAUGAGGAUUUACUUGUAUGUAGCUCUUCUCUCAGAGUCGAACAGCAAUUUACUGUAAUAAUAAAGCCAGAUGGAUGAGUUCUUGCACUUUUUUAUUUGAUUACUUACCCUUUUAGCUAUUUUGGCUACACUAAAAGUAGGAAAGAAAGAAUCUGCAGUGAAGUUUCUGGUAACAGUACGUCUAGAAAAAAAACAGAAAUUGAGGGUCAUUUUUUAAACCUUUGCACGGUUUUGGCUCUAAACUUCGUGUUUACGCCAUUACGCCGCCCGAGAUGUUUCCUUAAAAAGACUCAAGAUUCCUUAGAAAGUCUUUGGAGGGGUCGGUCUCUAACGCAAAAGGAAGGUCCCUGUGUGUGUUUGUGUGAGGGAGUGUGUGUGUGUGUGUGUGUGAGUCACUGGCUCCUGUUGGUCUGUGUCUGCAGACCCACAAAUAAACAGCACUAAGCCAGCUGGAAAUGGGGAAAAGCACAGGCUUCUCUGAGUCUGUACACGGGUUAAUACAGUUCAUGGGAAAAGGAACCAAACACCCACACAUACUGUACAUGUACUAUCACAUGCACAUGGAAACACACACCCCACUCUUCAUCUCUGCCUUUGAAUUUCCUCAUCCUCAUCGCCCAGGUGUUCAUGAUGGAUGUCACACUUUUUUUUUUUUUCUCCUGAUGUUUGAAUCAGCACCAGAUUAUGUGUGUGUGCAUGCAGGUAAAACAUCUGUGCCUCCAGACUCCCACCCAUCCUCGCAUGCAGGGGUCACAUGAACCGGGUUCAUCUGUGCCAACACCAAGAGCUUCCUUGACCUUUCGGGUCUUGUUAAAGGUUCUAGUGGAGGAAACACUGAGAGGGCUUUGUCCACUGGAGCCCAGCUGUGCCUGUGUGUCCUCACUGCUCACAGCCUAUUCUCUCUUCUGUCAGUCUCUGUGUGUCUGUACUGGCAGGCGGGUUAAGACAGUGGGGUGACCCACCUGGGCUGGUAUGCUGAGAAACUCUGCUUUGGAACAAAGCAGAAUUGGGUAGGGGAUUGAGUGAAACGAGGAUACAAAAAUAGGUCAGUCUCAGUUGUUAGAUUUCUCUUCCUGAAGUUGAAUAAAACCUGUAAAUUCACAGGUUAUUUGAGAGGAGGUUUAGCAAAAGGCAAAUGAGGCACAGCAUUUUAAUGAAACUCUAAUUUGAAUCCCUCACUUUUACUUUGCCUCUCUAGGACACCUACCAUCCCUGUAUUUCUUGCCAGACUUGUAACCACAAGGUCACAGGUUUCAGCCCUGCAACAGCAGAUGUGUCCAUCACCAGCCAUCUGUCCUGUCAAAAUGUCCUUGAACAGAAGACUGGACCCCUACCUGUUUGUUAACUGUAAGCAGAAGGGGAAGGAACAUCAGCUGAAAAUGCUGGGAAUGAAGCCGUGUGCCUUCUAAAGUCAUCUUUUUAUCCAACCAUCAUGACGAAACUCAUUUAAUUUGGCUGAUCUGGAACAUUUUGCACAAUUUGCCAACUGGAUUAGAUGAGUUGAUAGUUUAGAUUAUUAGCUAACAGUACGCUCCGUUGAACCCUUGCCAAAUGCUGACCUCACGCUGACUUAGCUAGCGUGCUACGGCGAUAGGACUAAUCAUCCAAUCAAGUCACAGAAAGGCCAGCCUGUGCUCACUCUCACAAACAGAUCAGGCUCAGGGGAAAAACCCAGCUCAUCACCAGCGCAUGUUCUCAACAUACCAGGACAUAGAUCGAGUGAUGAAGGGGGGGAGGAGGGCGAGACGGGGUAGAAGCGGGCAGAGGGAAGGUUGCGAGAGAAAAGCAUCCACUGAGGAAAAAGAUGAAGGGGUUUGGAUGAAAAAUGGAAGCAGAGAUGUGAAAAAAUGUCUGCGCCCUGCUGGAGUCUCCUCAUUCAUCUGAUAAGAGCAGCACACUCUGGUGAUGAAUGGCCGGUGUCAAAAGUCACUUUGAGUUCCAUAUUUUCAUGAAUGAUGGGAUUAACUGGAUGUGCUGAUUGCUCUGGGUGGUUGGUGUUUGCUUCUCUUGUCGCCUCUGCCACAUGUUAAACCGAAUUUGAUUAAACCAAUGUCCUUUUUGAAACCUUGUGUAGCUGAAGUUCGAUAUCAAGCCUCACUUCCUCGGUGAUUCUCUGAAUUCAUCGUUUCGUACAUGAUUUUCCACCUCUAACCAACUGAGUUAAGCAUCUGCUCAUAUCCUGUCUCGCUUGUGUUUGAUCAGUUGAGUUUUUGAUGAAUUUAAACCAAAUACAGCGUCCAUAAAUUGUUUAUGACAAUCUUAAAAUAGUAAAGUAAUAAAUUUUCUGCAGCAAAGACAGGAAAAGCUUAUCUCAAAGUAAUGGAACAAUCUUUAAACAGGGUGUUUACUUAGCUCCAGCAACAACAAACAUCAUGUUAACUGUGGCAGCGCAUCAUGACGUGCUUCCGUCUGUUGCUUGCUAAAUUACCCUGAUUGUCAUCUUCUCAGGUUUCCUCCUCUGCUGAGAAAAGAUAACAUCCCUCUUUCUGUCUGUCCUCAAACAUCCCCCCUUUCACUAUCUCGCCUUCUCUAAAUCCAGUUAUCUCUCUGCUCUCAUGAUGAUGAUGACCGUUGCAUAUCUCUUCAAUCUAAACAGUGCUGCUUGCUAUUUCCUCUUUUCUUUUUUUAUCAGAAUGUGAUGCGUUGAGUUUUUUCUCUCUGGAAAUAGCACAUGAAAAUUCUUGUCUGACUUGUUGACAUAUUUGUGUCAAAUGCCAAUCAGACUUCGUUGUUGUUUUAUUCCAGCAUUUAGUUUUCAUCUGUAAAGACCUGUAAAAUUCUGUAAACCACUUUCUUUUGUCAUUUUAAAUUUAGAUCUAAAGUUUCACUAAACCUAAAAAUCUUGUUCUUAAAGAUCAAUAUCUGUGAAUCAUAUUUACAUUUAGUGGAUCCAGCUGGGUGGGUGCAAGUAGACAUUGACCGCCUUUUUCUUUGUCCCUCUGAAGACUCUCCAAGAGCAUCCCCACCACCAAAGAUGUUGAACCGCUGCUGGAGAUCGAUGGAGACAUCCGCAGCUUUGAGGUCUUCCUCUCCUCCAGGACGCCCGUCCUCACCGCCAGAGAUGUGGAGAUGUUCCUACCGUGCACUGUCAACCUCGACCCCAAACUCAGGGAAAUCAUUGCAGGUUCAUGUGCACUCUUUGUAUGAACAGUUAUAAAAUGCAUGAUUCUGAUAGUUCUGGAGAAGUUACUGUGAACCUUGAUACAGAUUUUUUGAGUCUGUGAGGCAGGGGCGUCACACAGGAGAAAAAAAGUUUGGUUCUAGUGGGGCCCAGUUUGCUAUUUCCCCUGGUUGCAGGGAUUAACAUGUUCCAGAGAGAUAUUUCCUCAGUGGGUGCAUUAAAUCAUGGUAUUGGAGAGGUCAAGCUAACAUAUAAAAAUUUAAUGUGGAUUUAAUCUUAUAAAAUGUCUGAUAGAGGGAAAACAGGCCUUCUUAUUUGUCUGUUUGAACAGGAUAUCUCUGGAACAUCUAAAGGGAAUUUCGUUCACUGACACUUAAACUCAAGGAUGAUCUGAUUAGAUCUCUGUUACGAGGCUUUUUUUGCCAUAACCUUUAAAAUAAUCCAUUAAUUAUUAAAAGCGAAUCAAAGAAAUGUUAGAAAGGAUAAAUACAUGUGGUCUUGAAAUCUUAUUGUAUUGAACUUCUUGGCUACCAGGUUAUAGAAGAAACAGGUCAUCUGUGAAUCUCUGUCCAUGAUCACGGCUAUGACCUCAUGUUCUAUUUCCAUCCAUCCAUCCAUUUUCUAUACCGCUUAUCCCUUUUGAGGUCGCGGGUGGGCUGGAGCCUAUCCCAGCUGUCAUCGAGAGACGUCGCGAGAGGCAGGGUACACCCGGAAUCGGUCAGGGCCGCAUAGAGAGACAGACAACUAGUCACGCUUGCACUCAUACCUAAGGACAAUUUAGAGUCACCAAUUAACCUAAUGAGCAUGUUUUUGGUCUGUGGGAGGAAGCCGAAGAGAACCCACGCAUGCAUGCAUGGGAAGAACAUGCAAACUUCACACAGAGAGGCCCUGCCCGACCCGGGAAUCAAACCGGGGACCUUCUUGCUGUGAAGCACGUGCGCUUCCCGCUGCUCCUUUUGCCGUCCUUCAUGUUCUAUUUAAAAACCCUACAGCACAUAAAAACAGUCACUUUAGAUUAUUUUUAUAUCCAUAAAUCACCAAUACUAAAAUUGCCAAACUGUUUUUUUUUUUCCUCUAUCUUCUCAAGCUCACAAUGGUACUGCUCCUAGGUUUUUUAUUAGAGACAACAAUGUGGAGUGUGUGCAUAAAUGUGAGUUUGUUUGUGUCUGAGGGACAGAGAGGUUAAUUAUACAGUUUUGUGUAAAGAAUAUAAAAGGGUUUAGUAUACAAUAGCCGAGAGAAACAAAGAACUUUCCUCUAUGUGCCGUGUUGCAUUCACUGCCAGCUCAUUUGGCAGUGACAUUACUCAUAACAUUGCAGCCGGGUCUGCUCUAAAAUCACCCGCUGCAGGGGCUCUCAGAAACCCACGGCUCACUUCUCAUUUCCAAACAAUCAAAUGUCGAGCAGGUUUCCACCACAGCGCUGUGAGAUCAGGACAAUAUUUUCACUUGUGUCACCAAUCUGCCUCCAGUGCUUCACUGAAUUUUUCACAGUUUGUAGUGACAGUGAUGUCAUAGUGCAUCAAUAUUAAACUGAAAUCCAGAGCCGCGCUGUACUUUUGCUACUGUGCGUCAGCGUCCAUUCAGCUUAUACAGGAGUGUCAAUGACGCCUGGUGCAAAGCUGUUACUUCAUAGUGUUAUGAGACCACAGAAAUCGCACACAAACUCACACACUCACAAAGUCUGUUCCAUUGUGCCAAGGUUGAGUCAUGGAGGGCGCAGCUGACCGAGCUCUAUGACCAGACGUCCUGUCGUUAAGUGAAAGAGCAGGACUCUUGUGCUCCAAGUGUGCACAUUCAUCCACCAAAACAUGCAUUUGUUUUCGAAGGCGUGUGGGUGCUUUCACUUUCACACGUGUCCCAAGGUGACCAAAGCUCCCACCCAGUCAUCCCGCUCCUUCCACUCUCUCUCUCGGCGGCCGGUCAGUGCUCGGUGCCUGGUGUCCUGUGGCCAGCCAGUGGGCAGUGCUGUCAGUGAUACCCGCCCAUGAGCCUGACUCACAUCAUAAGGCCCCCAUUGUGUUCACAGGCUGGAUUUGGUCUCACUCAGCGUGUCAUUCAGCAGCCACUUGUAUAACCAGGAGACAUUCUGGUGCCUGCUUCUGUUUCUGGUGCUAACUUUCUUGCCAGCCACACAGAGCCACUCUGUUCUGUCUCCCGGCUUAUUCCGCUUUGAUUUGGGGAGUUUUACCAAAGUUCCCCUCCUCCCUUCCUCCUUGAUCAGAAGUCAUUUUGAUUUAUGUGAAAACAGUUGCGGCGAAAUACUUAAGUGAUUUGACGUGAUCUGCUUUUGUUUGUUUACACGAGUGUGACUCUAUUUGUGAGGGAUAGCAAGGGGCCCCAUGUGCUAAAGUCAUCAUGUGGCUGGUUGAACAUUUGGGAAAAAGACAGUAUAUCAGCACGCCUGCUGGUUUGUGAGUAAACUGAGUAAUAGAAAUCAAAGUGAGAAUGGGAUUCACAGUCGAAGAUCGUUGUAAUCGUAACAUCUGCGCCCUUUUCUUUCCAGCAUUAGUUGUUCAACUGUUUUCUCGUUUUAUGUACAAGAACAACAUUGUUGUUUUAUUCCCUGCUGUGCUUCAAAAAUCAAGUAAUUUUGAUCUUGUGUACAUCGAUUGUUUGAUAUUUGUUUUGCUCUGUGGAUUCACCACUGUCUAAACUCUCUAGAGAUGUAAAAAAAAAAAAAGCUGAUUUAUUGAUGCGUGGGUGGAUCUGAAGGGUCUUUAUAGUCACAGCCAAGACAUGAUUGUCAGCAGUGCAGAUAAAGCACUUCCCUCUCUCUUCAUCUCUUCUUCUCUCUCCCCCUUGGGCUCUGUCCUGUCUUAGAUGUGCGUGCGGCCAGAGAGCAGAUGCACAUAGGGGGAGUUACCUAUCCUACGCUGCCCCUUCAGGAUGUAGUGCCCCGUCCACAGUCGGGUUACAGCCAGCACUCUGCCAACUGCUCCCCAUCGGGUUCCUUUGCUGGGUCCCUGCCUCCUCAGCCUCACAGCGCAUACUUCAGCGGGAUGACCGGCCCUCAGCAUCCCUUCUACAACCGGGUGAGACAACAAAAAAGGAUUUGUGUUCAUAUAAUCAGUUACCCCCGAUAAAUCAGUCCAUCAAGUGUCAGUGUCUUGAUAAGCUGAAAAUCAAACAAUUAUGUGUGUGUUUUUUUCAUCUCUUUUCAAAAUUAUAAAACACAGAGGGCCUUAUUCACCAACAUCCUCUUAAGAUUUUCUUUCGUUUGUUCUUGAAAAAGUUCCUAAAAAAGUCUUGGGCAGAUUUAUGAACUAGAUGUUUGCACCUGUGUUCUUAAAUGAAUACCAUGUCUUCUUAAGUUUGAAGCAUGUGCCAGUUUUUCCUAUUUGCUUAGGAAAAUGCUCCUCCAAUGCCCAAAUAUGGGCACGAGACAGCAGGGCUGUCUGCACACACUAAAAUCACACAGGAUAGAAAAGAGAAGUAGAGAGACAUCCGGUUGCGUAAAUUUAUUUCUAAACCAACCGUGCAUUGAACUUCUAGUAAGAAAAUCUCUCAGUAGAUCUGCUUAAGUGACACAAAAAAACAGGCCAAUAUGUUGAAAAUAUAUUGAUAUUUUUUGUAGCACUAGUAACAUUGAAUAAACAAAUAAUGUUGGAUAUGUACUGCAGUCUUGAUUAUUGUCUUUUAUACAACAGUUUAAUGUGUGUGGAGUGUGUCGAGUGCUGAAUUUUCUUACCUUAGGCUACAUUUGUGGGUUUUAAUAGGUCUUCUGAAGAACGACAGGUGAAUGAGGCCCAGUGUCUCCAGAAAAAAAUCUAUUUUUUUUUGUCAAUUUUAGCUGCUCAGUCCUCCGCAUUACAUUAGUAUGUGAAAUUGCACCAACUGAGAAAGAGUUAACAUGCACCAACAAAUAAUAGACACAUCUAUCCCUGCUUUAUUUUUAUUUUCUGUUUUGACCACCCUCAUAUAAUUUUCUUUUUAUUUUCACCUAACCCCCCCCACCCCCCUUUGCUCUCCCCUCAUAGCCUUAUUUCCCCCAUCAUGUGUAUCAACUUCCUCGGCAUUACACCCACCAUGCCCCCCCAUCCUUGCGCCCCUCCAUUAAACCAUCCGGUCAGCCUAAGGACAACACCAAUGGACUUGUAAGUAAUGAAGCAGGAGACAGUUGCAGCUGCAGAUAAACGAGUGAAACGUUCAUGAUGUUGUGCAACAAUGAUGAGAACUUGAUCACCUCUUUCCACCUCCCUUUUUUCUUUCUAACAUUUCCUCCCAUUUCACCGUCUUACCCUGAUUUGAUUGUGGCUAACUCCACUUCUUAAUGAACUUUUAUUAGCCUUUCUUUUCUAUACAAGCCUUGUUUCCAUUCUGUGCCCAUGUCAGGAUGUUAUUGCAGAGGACACCAGAGAAGCCCUCCCCUCCUCCCCCUCUGAGCCUAACAUGGUAAAAUGUCGUUACAGCUGCAAAUAUGCUAAUAUGCAGUUUGUGUCAUUUCUCGUGCUGCAUGUGUAAAACGCACGCCCGUUUGUGAGACAGACUACUUAUUUAACUGCUGUGGUUUACAAAAGCAGACACAUCUAGAGGCCAUAACUCUGACAAAUUCUCACAAGAAAAACAUUAACUGCAUCCGGUGUGAAAAUGACUUCCCCUUAACCAAGACGUGUAUUUAGUCAAAAACUUCAGCGUUCGUAAAUGUCGCAUGCCGGUGAAGAUCAUGUCGGCACAGCAGCAGUUCUCGUUCCAUAACAAAUGGAUAUGAAAGUGCUUUUUACCCACUUAAACUGUGCAUGGAGUUCUACUGACAAGAGCUGAAACUCUCCAACCCAGAUAUUCACACGUUUUAAGAGAAAGCUGCCACUAUUAGAACAAUUUGAAGAUAACGCUCCUCAGGAGAUUUCUGCUCCACAAAGCCACUUAUCAGACACUGCCAGCACGCAUUUCAAGGAGCUGGAUGAAAGAUUUAAAUAUAGAUUACCAAGAAAUGUUCCUCCCUUUCUCAGUCGGUAUUUUUAUGUCUCUAAAUUCUUGCUUCAAUCUUCCCCCCCUUUUUUUUUUAAAAGCCUUAUUUCUGUCCUCAAAUUCCACCCUGAUUCUUUCCUCAUAUCUCCCCUAAUGUUUUUGUUCCUUCUCCUCCUAAGCAUACAUUUCCUCGGUUUCAUCCCUUUCUGGCCUCCCAGUGUACACUAGCCCAUCUUAUCCCAUUUUUGCUUCACACUUGAUCUCUUUGUGUUGCGUUCACGUGUAUUUUCUCAAAUCGUUCGAAUGUGGAUGUGUGUGCACGCCGGCUCAUUUGUGUGAGCCUUUGAAUAUGUAAGCGGGCAUAGCCUAGUGUAAUUGCUUAGCUGAUAUAAGUGCGAGUAUGGAUUCCUCAGGCUGCCGGGAUUAUCAUCAGAGCAACUGUUGGGGCUGGCAACACACACACACAUUCACUUCAACACACACAUACACACACUCUGACAAUGAGCCCAGCGCUGGUACAGCUUAUCUCCUUACCAAGACGCUUCCUCCCUCACAGAGCUCUGUUUCCCCUUCUCCAUCCUCCUGCCCAGCCCUGAGCUCAGCCCAGCUGUAAUUACACUCUUAUCAAACACACACACUGGGAGGGUUCACACAAAAAAACACACACACACACACACGCUCACACUCCCAGACAUUUAUGCGCCCGCUCAUGUUCUUAGAAUACCCGCUCACAGUCUGAAUCGAGCAGUCGCACAUACUCAAGGCCUUUCCCUCGAUUGAAACUUCUCCUUUUUUUUUUCUGUGCAGAGUGAGAGAUGUCUGGUUCUCUUUCUGGGUCUUUCUCUCUGUCUCAGUCUCUGUCUCGGCUGCAAUCCUCUCUCGCUGAAACCAUGAUGACUAUAAAAGCCUGCUGACUCCAGUGAAAACAAAAAGUCUCCUUGUGUAAUGAUUCUCCUUCCUACAGCCUUCUCUAUUACAGCUGGACAUCUCCUCUCCUGCUGUGAGACAGAUAACUGUCCUUCUCGACACGUGUGCUUUUCUGCUUGUCAGUCUGUUUCUUCCCUCUGUCUGAAUUUGUUCCCCACUCUCCUUUUUUCACAGGUACAUCCACAGCUUUAUCUGCUCGUGUGCAGUUUUGUCUGACUUUUUGUCCGUCUGCUUCUUUUUGUCUCCUGUUCAAGCAUUUAAAGUCGCUGCCAUACAAAUUAAAGCAGGUACCCCUUUGGUUUCUGAUCAUCCAUCUCCAUCCUUCAUGUAUCUCUACCUCACUCCUAACACACUGGUUCAGUACUACUAAGCAUGCUGUAGAAAGAGAGAACAUAGAUUCACAUAGAAAUACGACCCUAAUUCCAGAAAGUUGGUAUACUGUGUAAAAUGUUGAUAAAAACAGAACUUGAUGGUUUUGCAAACUUUUUAAACGGUUCAUUCCUGGAUGUGUAAACUACUACCAUGAUUUCCAAAACAAAUGUCAGAUUUCAAAUCGCAGACCGUGCGACCGUUUGCAUACUCCAACAGUCCCUCUUCAAGUUGCAUAGCUGCAAACUGUGCUCCCAGCCCAUGGGGUUUUUGGAGAUGAUUUGGAACCCAUGCAGUGAUUUCCACUACAGAGCCAUGCCUGUUUUAAUGCAGUGCUACCCAAAAGCGUGAAUCUUGUACUGGUGGCUUUUUACAAAGACUUCUCUGACUCUUAUGAUGAUAUUAUCUCCAGAUAUUUUGAUUGUUUUAACUGAGUAACAUUUCUCUGAAGUUGUUGAGCUAAUCACUCACACAGUCUCUCACAGAGGGUUGAAUCUUCAUUUAUCUGAACUCUAGAGAGACUCGUUCUCUCUGUAUUGCCUUUUUAUUUGCCCUGGCAUUUUACUAAUCUGUUGCAAAUGACUCUGUUUAGUUGGGAGUUGAACUUUUGUUCUUCUUGUCCCCAUUCUAACUAUUUUAAAUCAUGUUUCUUGCUUGAUAAUUACAUCGAGCACAUAUUAUUCAAUCACAUUUUCAAUUUUGACAUUUGGUAUAAAUUAUGAAAAUAUAAGGCUAAAAUAUUUUGCAAAUCUGUCUUUAUUUGCAUUUCAUAUAGUGUCCCAACAGUUCUGGAAUUUGGGUCGUCGAUGAACAACACAACCUCUUGUCUUGCAGUGGUAUAUAGUAGAUUCACUAACAUAGUGUCAUCAUAGAGGAAAUCCAUCAUGAAAAGUAUCCUAAAGUCCCUGAGUGCCAGUCUUCAUCCUCUUGCCCGCCGCUACAGAGAGCUGGCACCUACUGUUGUGUACUGUAUUAUGUGAGCUGCUUAUUUUCUUCUGUCUAACAACCACUCACAGUCCGAUUAAGCUCUGCUCUCCUCUCCCUCGAAACCAGAAACAAAGCUGGGGGGGAUUAGACUGAAGCCACGUCUUAAUGGUGCUAAUAGCAGAGAGAGAAAGCAGGGAUGACGGAGGAGGAGGGAGAGGGGGGGAAGUGAUGGAAAGAAGAGUAGGAGGUUAGCGCAGAAGGCUUAGAGGGAAGGAAUGUGAGGAAGGAAGGGAGGGAAGGAAGGAAGGAAGGAAGGGAAGCAGAGGGAGAGGAGGGAAGUGAGAGGAAGGGUAAGCGGGUCGAGGAGGUUGGAUGAGGUUUGUUUUGUUUCUGUGCCAGCGGGCGGCAUGUUGGCCAUGUGUGAGGCCUUACGCAGCAUCAACAGACCGCUGGUUUGAAUCACAUCAGGCCGCUUUAGUGCAAAUCACAGACUUAGAGACUCCAUCUCCUUAAGUGUUGUGCACACACUCUUAACAUGCUUGUUUAUACAGAGAGAGAAAGAGAGAAUCCGAGCAGGUAACAGUGUAUUUGGAUAUGUUGGCAGCUUUGUUUACUUUGACACUUACACAGUGUGACUGAUAGAGAGAAUUACAGCGCAGGAUUGCAUUCUUUUUGCACCUCUGUGUGCCUCACAGUAACAGACCUGCACGUCUCUUUGCCAGGAAUCGUUUCUCCUUUUGCCCUAAUGAAGGUGUUGGUAGUGAUGAGUUGAGCUAACAGCGUGUGCUAACAAUGCAGGUGUUUCCCCAGGUGAACUAAACUGGAGAAGAAAUAACACGGUCUAGCUUUCUUUAUUCUAAUAAACAUGUGUGUCUUUGUAGGUCUCUCCUGCUGUCCUGCUCAGCUCUUUGAACACAGACGCAGUGUGUGAGCGUCUCAAACAGAUGGAUGGAAUUGAUCCCAGCAUGGUGCCUCAGUACAUCUCCACCGUUAAGAAGGUGUGUCCACCUGAAACGUUUAACAUACGUUUAUUUUUUUACUACUUUGGAAUAAAGGGCAGACCUUUUUUUUUUCCAACUGCAUAGAAACUAGUGCUGAGAUUAUAUGUUUAAGGAUUUUUGAUGAGUGCAAAUGAAGUUUUCACUUUUUACUUCUUUUGAUUUUAUUUUUGACCUGUUGCUACGUUCCACAUUUGAACAACCCAUCAUUCCUGUCCCUGUCCACUGCAGGCAAAUAUUAAUGGCCGAGUGUUAUCUCAGUGCAACGUCGAUGAGCUGAAGAAAGAGAUGGAGAUGAACUUUGGUGACUGGCAGCUCUUCAGGGGAAUGGUGAGGCUGGACCUUUCCUCACAGUUUGGUUUCUUAUAACUGUACUCAUACUUUAUAGAUUCAUAAACAAGAGCAAAUGAGAUUUUGUUUGAUGAAAACAAUCAACAGAGGUUGACAUUUAACAAAGCCUCAAUAAAAACAAAAAGUAUUUAGUAAAUCUUCUGUAAAAGCCUUUAAUUUAUUCACAAACAAAUGUUUUGCAUAUCCGUCUCUACAGAGUCUCAGCCCUGUCACAGCCCUCUGUUGACCUCUGUGAUCUCUUGUUCAGCCCAAAACCAAGCCAGACAGCAUUUCAUAAUACAACAUCUUGUGCUCCGCUGAGAUUUUAGGAAAGACGAUUUUAUAAUCCGUAUUAUGAGAAGGCCGCUAGUCACUCAGCCAGGAGUCCAGUCGGCUAAAAUCACGAACACAUGUAGCCGGCUCUCCUUCAUCAGACGUCAGCCUGUGCUCCUAAUUCCAAACCAGAGGCCCGGAUUGGUCGUGUUUUACAGGAGAUCUGAUGUAGCCCUCGCUUAGCAGCAGCUGGCCAUACAGCUCCGGCACUAACCAGUGUUGUGUUGCCAGGACGCAGCCAGCGUGGACAUCUGGUUCAAGAUGGCUGCCUGAUAUCUGGAUGAAGGGGGGAUAUUGUUGGGGAGAUGUGGACAGAUGAACGGCUCUACUUAGUGAACAGCUCCCUCUCAAAAACACAUGUUUAGUUGAUUCUUGUUUCAUGUGUCACACGCUGUCUAAAAUGUCCUAAUUCUCAAACAUAAAAUGACUUGUGGUGUUUCAUUCCCAGCUGAUGGAGCUACGUCACUCUGAAAGCCAAGCUCUCCUGCAGGACGAGUCCCGAGCUGCGAGCGAGCAGGGCAGCAGCGUGCACCACGGGGAGACCAGCAGACGGUCCGGGGGGGCUCCCAGCGAAGCCGCUGCCUUUAGCCUCAACCUCAGCUUUGAGGAGCUCAGCGGGGCUGGGCUGGAGGAACCUCAAAGACACAACAACAACAACUCUCAUUGGCCGGUCAGUGUUUGUCUUUGGAUUCACACACACACACACACCACUACAGCAGGUAUAGAACAGUCGGUGUGCUCUUAAAAUCGCUGCUCUAAGCAUGUUUAUAGGCGCACACACGCCGACCGCCACACAAGCUAGUGUGUCGGUGACCUCAGUGGUUUCAAGUUAAUGUGGUUUAAGAGCAAAACAGAGGAAGCUUAUGGUGUUUUUUUAACACUGCAGGGUGAAAAAUACACAAUGCAGCACACGAAAGGUGUCAAGGGGCCGCGUUUGUUAUUUUCACCUUCUCUGUUUUGAGUUUGCAAAAAAUGUUUCAACACUCAGACAGCUGGCCCGACUUCUGUUUUAUGAUCCCAUGUAUUCAUCUUGUUCUGAUUUUAAAUGAUCAUUUUGCUUUUCUAAUGCGAUCGUAGCAUUUUCAAGAUGACUGUUUCAGCCUCUAUCAUCCCAAAAACACUUGAUGUAAAUAUCUUCCUGUCAGAGUCACAUGGACACAUUCACGCUAACCCGACUUUCUCUCUCAGGUGGCGAAUCUCCGCACCUCCAGCAUGUCUAGCCUCAACUCUCAGGAAUCCUCCAAUGACAUCUGCAAGCUGACAGACAAGCAGCAGGCCGAGUACCGUGACGCCUACAGGGAGUACAUCGCUCAGAUGGCCCAGCUGGAGAUGUCCGGCAGCGGGGGGGAGCGGCCCGUGCAGCCCCACCCCGGACAGUUCCUGCAGGCUGCCGGCUCAGAGGACAAAGGGGUGGGUGGACAGUCACAAGAACACUGUUUGUGUUUGUCAUGGCAUCACUGACAGCAGGAAUAGAUCAGUCACAUCCCUGUAGCACAGAUGGUAGAAAAAAAAACUUGUGGUGGCUUCUGUCAGUACCUUGUUUGUGAGCCUGUAUGUUUUGUCUUUCUGGGGCUUGUGGUGUUAAAUGCUAUAUUUUUAUGGCCUGUGCUAUGGCUGAAGUCUCCUUCUGAGCUGGGAAAGGGCAGAUUGCAUCUCCUUGUAUUUCUUAAAUAUUGGCUUAAACUUUUUGUUGCUCUUGGCACAUAGACGAGGGACAAGAAUCCCCUCUUCAGGAGACUGUAUAUUUUCAUGUUCUCCUCACUGGAUCCUCUUCUCUCUCCUCAGGCCAAGGAAGGGGCCGACCAAGACAGCCGCAAGUCCUUCACCAAGAGAGGCUCCAAGACAAGUGAUGCCACAGAUUUCCCCUCAGGGACCGAUGCCCAGACCCUUGACCCCAUCAGUGAGGAGGAUGAAAAGCUGGACCACAGCACUUCCUCCAAGACUCCAGGUUCCAGAAAGAAGGGUGCGGGGGCUUUGUACCACAAGCUGCCCAGCGAUGAAGACUCCAGCCCAGAAGAAUCUGACAACACCACACCUCUCCUCCACAGAGAGCCCGGUGCUUCAUCCGCCCACAGAGGCUCCCCACCCUCGGGGCUGCUCGCCAAGCCUGGCUUCCUCUCUGAAAUCCUCCUGGACAAAAAGGACUCGUCUGACUCAGGGAUGCGCUCCAGCGACAGCUCCCUGGAGGAGGCUGAAGGAGACAGAGAUGGAGGAGCACAGAAGACCAGCCUGAUCGAGCUGGAGCUGGAGGGUCUGGUGAAGAAGAGAGGCCUCCUCCCGAGCAGCCUUAGCGGCCUACAGGAUGCUACAGUGGCCCGCAUGUCCAUCUGCUCCGAGGCUCCAUCUGAGGCCAGCCUGAUGGCCAGCAGCCCGGACGAAGGGUGGCCGUCCAGCGGGGUCAGCAACCUCAACCGCUCCGACAGCAACACCACCCUCAACAACAACACAAACAGCCCAGAUGACACCAACACUAACACCAACAACAGCCAUCAGCAGCAGCUGGCUAACAUCACAGGCACCUCCUCCUCUAGCCCCGUGUCCCCAGCCGCCAUCAUCAUCACCCCCGGCAGCAGCAGCAGCAGCAGCACCGCCAACACCACCGCAGUCACCAUCCACAACCAGAACCUGCGCACCAUCAACCUGGGAGAUGAGAGGGAGAGUGUCCUCUGAGGAGGGGGAGAGUGUUACUCUUCGUAGGGUCAUAUAGACGGUAGUUGUUAAUGACGUGGUUGUGAUGUAUUGUUGCUGUUGUGCUACGAAGAGUUAGAGCAGAUCUGUGUUCUACAGUUAGGAAAGACGUGUGACGUGUUACAGUAAAAAGCUUCAGUUACAUUAACAGGACAAAAAAAAAACUUUAACUGAGAAUGUUACAGACGAAAAGACACACUGAUGGUGACAUUUUAAUGAUACCAAAACCACACUAUGUGAAAACACGAGUAUUUAACUUGUUUUUAUGUUACAAAGAAUUUCACUGCUCUGCUUUUUUGAAUCAUCGUAGGUGUUUCUCAUGUGAAUGUGAUCUUAUUAGAAAAGUGUUUUAGCUACAGAUAUGUUACAAAUGAAAAUAAAGAAAAAGCGGGUCUUGUUCCUUUCCUUUCAGUAAAUAAAGCCAUGACUGAAAAGCAUGGCCCACUGCGGACUGAAGUCUCUUGAAUGUUGGUGUGUAGCUGUGUUUGGUAGUCGGGGUUUACUUGAAUAGAUAGAGUUAGUAAGGCAGUGCUGUGGUGUGUCUUUGUCAGUUCCUGGUGUUGUUACAAAAGCAUGAACUAGUCAAAAAGGUGUUGAUCUUUUCCAAAGAUCCACCUAAGAUGUUUGUGAAUCAAUAAAAAUGUGCUUUCUGGACCCUUAAAAUCUCGUGUUCUUUUUCUGUGCUUUCACAUCAGCAGAGUGAAGCCUCAGUAGACUCUAAUACAACUUAUAAAUAAACAUACAACAAACUAAAA